GAAUCAGUCGAACUCGUGAUCUCGUCGGGAGCAGUCGUGAAAUAAAAUCGUGCAUGCCCGUGUACAUACGCUCUAGGAACCGUUUGUACGGACCGGGUGGAUUGGAUUUGGCACAGUUUUCAGUUCUACAAAGAAGCCGCGUGUGAUGUGGUUUUAGUGUUCUUUUAAUGCUUACCGCUUGUGUGUAUUUUUUUUCUACGCGUGUGCCUGCUACGAAGACCAGCAAGUGCGCUACUAAAGAAAUGAUUAGUUCCGUUCGUGUCAGCAACAAAUAAGUGCCGACAGUGAAACAUUGUGUGACGAUCGUGAUCGCCAUCUGCGGAAGUGUUCUUUUCCCCGCCCGCUUAACCUAGUGUGUGCGUGUGUGUGUUUGUGUGAGUGCGAGAGUGUGUGUUAAACGGAAAAAGAGCAUCAGAAGCAAGCGAAGCGAACGGGAAGAUUAGAAAAGCGUAAGAAACCUCCACAUCCGGCGCAACAAUGUCCGGUCCACCGAAUAUUAAUAAUAACCAGCUACCACCAUCCAGUAGCGGUGGUGGUGGUGGUGGUGGUGUUGGUGGACCGGGUAGUGGCAGAGGGUGGUUACGGACCCCACCACCAUCGUAUUUCCGUUCACCCUCCCCAUGGGUACCGCCGGGGUCGGCUCCUCCAAGGCAAAACUCGCCAGUAACGGUGCCACGUACAGUUGACGCACCCGUCACUGCCCGUGGACCGAGCGAGUUCGUUUACCAACAUCCGAGCUCUGGCACCUUUGGUGGAGCGGCCUACCCUGCCCAUCAGUACGCCGGUGAACGAGCGGCCAUGCCAGCAACAUCCUCCAUCCGUGCAACGACAGCAACGACAGCGACUGCGACUUCCUCGCAGGAGUUCCAGUUCCAGCGUCCGAUCCCGUCGGCCAUGACACCGACUCACUUUGUGGGUACGUCGACUCACUAUCGGCCAGUUUCGCCUGCGGCUGUAGCGCCGCAUCCGUACCCCCAGUUCAGUUCGACCAUGUCACCAGUUUCGUCCCUUCAUCGAUCAAUGACGCCGCAUAGCGUUACCAGCAGUUACGGGCCGGUAGAUUACCACCAACAGCAGCAGGUGCGUCCGGGAUCUACCCAGAGUUCGGUUUACGGUGGUGUGACGUAUCAUUAUGGUCCAGCUGCUGGACCAGGUCACCCUCAAGCACCGAUAACCGGACAGUCCCAGUACGUGAUCUAUGAUUAUGGGGGUGAAAUGGGACCUUCAACGGCGGAAAUUAUUGCCGCACAAUCGCAGGAUUACGUCGACGAGAAACUGGCUGAAUAUCAAGCAACCAUCAUGCUUCUACAAGAUGAACAAGAACGUGUACAGAAGAAGACUUUCGUAAACUGGAUUAAUUCAUUUUUAAACAAGCGCGUACCGCCACUGAAGGUCGAAGACUUGAUCCAUGACCUUAAGGAUGGCACGAAACUGUUGGCCUUAUUGGAGGUACUCUCCGGUGAGAAGUUACCGAUGGAAAAAGGAAAAGUCCUGCGACGGCCACAUUUUCUGAGUAACGUAAACACCGCACUACAGUUCCUUACCAGCAAACGCAUCAAGCUAGUCAACAUCAACCCGUCGGACAUUGUCGACGGUCGUCCGGCUGUGGUUCUAGGUUUAAUCUGGACAAUUAUCCUGUACUUCCAAAUCGAAGAGAACAGCCGCAUUCUACACUAUCUGAACGAAAACCUUAGCGGAUCGUUGAGUUCGCUGGGCAGCAGCAGCUCCGCAUCGAACAUACCCGGAUUGAGCAGCAGCAAACCGAUAACGUAUACUGGCACGGCCUCAGUAGCCACAAGUAGCAAGGAAAUGUUGAAACAGGGUCCGAAGAAGACACUCCUGACGUGGGUAAACAGUGCCUUGCCAAAAACCACGGGCUUAGAAGUCCGUGACUUUGGAGCAAGUUGGCGCGAUGGCAUUGCGUUCUUGUCGCUUAUCGAUGCGAUAAAAACGAACGUAAUCAACAUUGCGGAGAUGAAGAAGUACAACAACCGUUACCGUCUGGAUACGGCGUUCAAUGUAGCCGAGUCGGAGCUGGGUAUCGCUAGACUUUUGGACGCGGAAGAUGUGGACGUCAAUAGUCCGGACGAGAAGAGCAUAAUGACGUAUGUCGCACAAUUUCUACACAAAUACCCCGAUGUGAAGAACAUUAAUUCAAAGAGUGACAGCGAACGCGAACUGCUGGAGCUCUUGGAUUGGCUUCGCCGAACGGUACGAUACUACGAUGGAAUGAAUGGUAAAUAUCCGAACAACUAUCCCAUGUAUGAGAGCGUUAACGGUGAAAAGUUGGAAAAACAAAACACCUACAAAAAGGUAAAAAGCAUCAAUGCUGCCAAGAUGACACCGGAAGUCCAAGAGUUGAACAGUCUCUGGAAUCAACUCGAACGUCACAUGCAGCAAUGGUUGUGGUACCUGGAUAGCAGCCUUCCUGAUCAGUUCGGUGCGAUUGGACGUUGGUUAAGCAAUGGUGAAAAACUGCUGAAUGACGACGAUAUACCGAGCAACAUGAACGAGGAGACGGCUUCACUGAUUAGCAAGAAACUCGAAGCGCACAAGCAAUUCUUUGCUUCGUACUACGAGGUGCGCGAGACGUUCAACAACGUGAAGAUGACACCUUUGGCGAAAAAGGUACCACUUGGGCAGUUGCAAAACAUGGAAAAAAGACUGCUGGACAUAGAACCAUGCGCCAGACAACGACGCAUUAAGUUGAAGUAUCUAGAGCACAAGUGUUGUCUGAUUGCGUUCCUGAACCUGCUCGAGAACAAGAUUAACGGUGUUAAGUACAAUAACGAAGAAAUGGUGAAACAGUCCUUGGAUCAUCUGAAAAACUUUGUCACCCGUAAUCAAAUCAUGCAAGAGUUCGAGAAAGCGUUGAUUGACAUGCGUCAGGUGAUUGAGGAGUACAAGAUCGAUGGUAACAUUACGAAGAAGGAGAUGUACAAUAUCGAUGUAUUUUUGCACGAGAUCGAGGAUCGCUGGAAGAACGUAUCGUCGCGAUUGAUUUGUACCGAAACCAUGCUCGAAGACGUACUGUCCCACUGGCAGCGUUGGCGCUCGUUGGUGCAUGAGAUCGAGACAUGGUUGAUGCAGGCACACGAUGCACUGCAAGGCACAGAAGAUGAACGUAUCGAGUUCUUCCAGAACAUCAACGUGUACAAGGAUAAGUUUGACGCACUGACAGACACGUUCAACAUUUUGAAAUCGACGUGCGAUCAAGAAACCAGCGUCGGACUGGAAAGAAAGUAUAAUCAGCUGGCUUCACACUGGGAUCAAGUGUUCCAGCACACCAAGCAAUACCUACACGUGGGUGAUAUUCUACAGCACCGUCAGAAGUUCAAGGCAGACGCAGCACAGCUAAAUGAAUGGAUUCAACGCACUGAUGUGGCUCUCGGUCGCAAUAACUUACGAGAUUCGGUUGAGAUCCGGCGGUGUGAAACGGAAAUAAAGCAAAUUGCCUGUGAAAUCGAAGCCAUGGAGGAACUGUUCAAAUCGGUCAGCCGUAGCUUCCAGGCGCUUAUCAAAGAAUACUCGCGAGAUGAAGUAGACCGUAUGAUGGCCAUGAUGAAGAAACAGAAGGAAGCGUUGGUGCGUGUGCGUGCACAGAUACCGAUCAAGUUGCAUCUGUUCCAUCAACUACUCACCCAGCAGGAAGCGCUCGAGAGUGGUCAGCGCGAAAUUUCGCAGUGGCUGGAUGAGGCUGAGAAUUUGCUGAUAUCAUACUCGUUCACCAACGAUCCGCAGCAGACGAAAAACAAUCUGGCAAAACAUAAAGCGUUCUUCAAUCGUACACUCUACUACAAAUCGAUGUUGGAAAGCAAGAACAACGUAUUCCAAAAUCUGCUCAAGCUCACCGAUACGGACAGCAGUGUCGAUAUGAGCGAUGCGGCUACCAAAAUGAAGCAACUGAACGACCGUUUCACCUACGUUAUCAACAAUGCAAAUGAUUGGGAGUACAAGCUGCAGGAAAAUCUGCGUGUUUGGGAAAACUUCAACGAAAGCAAACAGAAGGUUGAAUCGUUCCUGCGUCAAGCUGAAGCUUUCCAGAAGUCUGCCAUACCGGUGGAAAAGGAAGCCGAUGCCGAAACGCAGCUAGAGUUCUUCAACUCUGCUGACCAGACGAGCAUCAACAAGCUCGAACGUAAUACGGAGGAUCUGUUAAAGUAUUUACCUCCUGCGGAACAGCAGAUACUAAUUGCUAAGGUGGAAGAUAUCCAGCGCCAGUGGAGCGAGGUAAUCCAGCAAAUCCCGCUUCAUCUGUUGAAAGUCGAGUUCCGUUUGAAUGAGCUCACGUUUAACGGGUGUGCAAAUGACAUCGAGAAAGAGCUGAACGCGGAAGAGCAAGCGUUCAAUUGUAACGAAAACUUCGAAGCCAUUUUGCAGCGCAACUUAGACUAUUUCAAGAAGAACGAUCUACAACGUGUGGAACAGGUGUUGGGUAAUAUGGAGAAGAUCAACUACAUCUAUCUCGAGAAGUCAGCGAACGAUCAAGCGUUAGCUCCGCUGUACCAGCGUGCGAAUGACAGUUGGAUCGCUAUCUGCAAACGUAUUGACAGUGUUCGUAACAUUUUGCACAAAAUCCCAGCGCAGUGGGAAGCUUACCAUGCAAAGUUUGAUGAGAUGAACGCCUGGAUGGACCGGGUGGAUGAGUCGUUGCGGCAGAUCAUGGUGGAGAAGCAGACGAUGGAAGAGUUCGAACAGGAAAAAGCCACUUUCCAGAACAUCUGCUUCGAAGCCGAUGCAAAGCGUGAAGAUAUGAAGUGGUUGGUGAAGACACUGGACUUCUUGCUGAGCCAUACGAAUGAAGAACAGGCAACGAUUGAACAGGAGAAAAUCGAAAAAUUGAUUGCGCGUUACAAAACGCUCAUACCAACGAUUGAAACAACAAUGACCAAGACAGAGGUGUUCGCUAAGUGUUACACUUACCGCCGGGAAGCACAGGAAAUAUGCGACCUGCUGGAUCGUAUUAAAUCACAGGCACGAAGUGUGCCACCACCGGAAAGCUAUAAGCGUGUGAACGAAAUGAUCGAAGAACAGCAGUACUCGAUCAAAGAGCUGGACAAUCAGCGUGCCCACAUAAUGAAGAUGCUGCAGAGAGGUAAGGAUUUAAGCAAGAACCCAAGUGCACCGCAGUUCAUUGCUGGUGAGAUUCGCAAGCUGGAAUCCGGUUGGAAUGAUACGUACAAUGAGGCGGCUGAAAAGGUCCGAACGCUAAAAGCCAUCCAGAAAGUGUGGAGUGAUUACAACGAACAGAAGGGACAGAUCGUUGGUUUGCUGAACACGGCUGAGAUGGAGCUACGGUCGGUGACACCAUUGCAAACCGAUCCGAAGAGUGUUACGCAAGAUUUAGAUAUGAAGCGACAGCUUGCACUGAACUUGAAACAAGCGUCUUCCAAAUCUUUGCUUCAGCUGAAUGAUCUAUGCCGUGAUCUGGGAAUGUCAUUGCCACCGACUACAAAGCAGGUGAUUGAAAAGGAAGUGAGUGAUCUUGGUAAGCGGGUGGACAAUACGGUCGAUUACGUCGAGAAGCGUGUUGUCUAUCUCGAAGAUUACAGUGACAAAUGGAAUGAAUACAAACAGCGCCUAGAUAGCCUGAAGAGCUGGGCAAACAAUGUGUAUCCGAAGAUGGUUGCCGCUAUCAAACAACCGCAGAUCAGUGCAGAAGAUCGUGUGCUCAAGACAAAGCAGCUCGAAGGUGUACUUGGCGAAAAGAUCCGACAGCUGGACGUAUUGAAUGCGAGUGCUGCUGAUCUUGCGUCAAAGGAAGGAAACCUAAGUGAAAUGAAACGCUUGAAGGCAGAGGUUGUUCACCUGCAGGGAACCUUUACGGAGUUACACCGCAUGGUUGACAGCGAGAAGGCACUUGUGGGCGAAGACUUUGAAACGUGGAAGAGUUACAAUCGCGAUAUGGACAGUCUAAAAGGAUGGGUUGAGCGAGCCAAACUGGCCCCAGAACUGGAACAAAUCAGACCUUCGACCUUGCCGGAAGCACGCGCAUAUCAGGGACGGUUGGAAACGUUCAACGAGCAGUGCGAAGGCAAGAUGGACGAGUUGCAGAAUGCAAUUAAGAACUCACAAAAUAUACGGUACGGUGUGAAACCAUCGGAAGAAACAGAUAGGUACUACAUGAUAGUGUCAAGCAUCUACGAAAAUGUGCAGCAUCUCUUGAAUAAAACGGGAAAGCUGGUAACGAACUGGUCCAUUUUGGACGGUGAUCUUGAGAAGCUGAACAACUUCAUUGAACGUGCUGAAGUGAGAAUGGGUGAAUUUGGUACUGUCCAAGGACCGGCCGCUGCACUUCCGAUCGACCUUUUGGAAACGAAGAUUAAAUCACUGAAAUUGUUCAGCAAUGAAAUUUCAGAACAGCAGGCUAAGCUGAUCGCUCUGGUUCACAUGUUCGAUCAGAUUAAUCACAGUCUUUCGGAAGAUGGUGUGAACGGUGUAAGGGACAAGUUGAAGUCUGCGAAAGAUCGACUGUCCAAAUUGAGUGAUGACGCACGUGCUCGCAUUAACGCUAACUACGAAAGUAUUGUAGAGCAACAGAAUUUUAACGCACAGAUGACUGACUUCAGCAACUGGAUGGAUCAGAUACGGACUAGUAUUAGUGAGCUAGAGAAUACAGCCGUAGACGAGAUUGAGUUGGCCGUACAGAAUGUACAGUACCUGGUGCAGCAGCACGCCGACAAGCGCGACACAUUCAAUCAAAUUUAUGCACAGGUUAAGCAGCAGAGCCUGUCGAACAAUCCAAUGGAGAACAAGCUGUUGAACGAGACGUAUAGUUCGUUGGCGAGUAAUUACCAAAACCUUGAAUCGAGUCUUCUGCAGAUGAAAGACUUCCUCCAAAAAUGGGUAGAGUUUUUGCAGUGGCACAAUACUACCAAAGAUCAGUUGGCGUAUUUGCGUGAGAGUAUGAUAAAGUACGACGUAUCCAGUGAGGAACAGCUGAAUGAUGCUAAUCGUCGUAUUAGCGAUGUGGGUGCAGGAAUCGAAAACUGGCGACGGCUAUCGAUUGCUAUGGAGCAGGAACCGUGCAUAUCGUUCCAUGAUAAAACUCACAAACCAGUUAGUGCGAUUAAUAUGAUUUCGGAUUUGGAUCAUAAGUUGGUGAGCAUAAGAUCGCAGGUUGAUGGCAAGCUAAAAGAGGUAGAAAACACCAAAGAUCGUGUCAACAAAUUCCACAAGACGCAGAAAGAGCUGACGGAUUCGCUUAAGAGCAUCGAGGAGAAGUUGAAAGGUAUCGUUCAAGCCGCACGAUUGUCAACCCUGGACGAUGGAAUGGAAGAUCUUUCGACGUUGAAUGAGAAGAUCAGUGAGCUGUCUAGCGCAAAGGCCCAGGUACAGUACGAGGGUAACUUGUUGCUGAAGCAGGACGUCGUUGACACUGGUAUGGAGAUUCAGGAGGAGCUUGGUAAGCUCGAUAAAAAGGUUUCAGAUUUGCAGCAAGAGUCAGAUGAAACUUUGCGCGUUUUUUCGGGAACGAGUGAUUUGUAUGCCGAUUUCAACAAGUACAACAUGAGUUUCAUCAACGAAUUGAAACAAAUCGAGACGCUCAACAAUGGUACGGUGCUGAACUUCGAUAACAAACCCGCCUUGCAGCACGCACUCGAUCAGCUUAAGAAAGCAUCCGAGACAAUGAUGAAGAAGGUAAAGAGAAGUCUGGAUGUAGUAGCGGCAAAGGGUAAUGAACUUGCGAAAACGUUCCGCGGUUACAAUCCGCAGGAUUGUGACAACAUACUUGAUAUUAUCCGACAUAACAAUGAGAUGUUCAAGGCGAAUCUGGAACGCUUAAUUGACAAUUCGAGUGUGCUCGAUCAGAAGGUGGCAUUGUACAAGCAGGCUGACGAGCUGUACCAAGAUCUUGAUGAAUGGCUGCAAUCGAAACGCGACCAACUGUCACGUGUGCUAGAAAACCCGGGAGAGAUUGAGAGCAAAAUUGUGACAUAUCGUGCAGAACUGCCAGCACAGCAAGCAUUCAAGGAAAAUUUGGAUGGAUUACUGCAAGAGUAUAAGAAAAUGAAUGGAGGCGCUUUGCCGAAGGAUCUGCAUGCAAUGUCAGUACAGCUGGAUGAUGCAUUCAGUGCCAUAGAGGAUACGGUGAAUCGAUUGAAUAAUCGCAUGUCUGAAUAUACUGCCGAUGAGCGACAGUUGAAGCUUUCGAUCAAAGGUAUUAUUGAGCGUAUUUAUAGCAUACGCGAGGAGAUCGUAGGCUGUGACGAUAUGACUCUGGACAGUGGCAAACAGCUGGUACACCUUGCUGGUUGUCGUGAGCUUCGCCGCAAGUUAAAUCUUGUUGGAGAGGAAAUCACGGAGCUCAAGAACGAAUUCGCUUCGAUGGAAGCUAAGUACGACCAGGGCAUCAAAGAAGCGUCUACUGUUUCCAAAGAAAUCCAAAAUCUCGAUCAACGCUUUGGGCUCGUAAUGAACAGUUUGAACGAAGUAGAGACCAAAUUGACUAAGGGUGUCGAGAAAUCGUUUAAGGAUAAACUGGGUGCAUUGACUAGGAUGAUUGGGGCACAGAGUGAGAAGUUGAACUGGUGUGCACCAGAGCCUACGAGCGAUAAGUACCAGCUGGAAGUGAAACGAACCACGCUGAACGAUGUGCGUACAAGCAUUGAGGAUUGCGAGCGUAUCCUUGGAGAAGUGGAAAGAUCGCUUACUGGAGCGGUAACAGAACUGUUUUCUCCGGCAAAGGUUAGCAAUAUGAGCGAUGAAACAAAGGAAGUGAGCAAACAGCUCGAAGUAUUGAAGCGAGCUUUCGAAGAGACGGAAAAACAACUGACCGAUAACAUUGCACUGUGGCUGAGCUACGAAAGUAUUUCCGAAGAAGUUAUCCACUUCUUGAAGGACCUGGAAGCUCGUAAUCGUAUGGAAACCGUGCUCUUGAUCGAUUUAGCUAAUCUGAGUGAAAAAUCAAAGGAAGUGAGUCAAGCACGUGCGACACUAGAACAGUUCAAAGUGAAAAUGGACCAACUGCAAUCCGUUGGAAACCAGCUGAACGAAGUAAACCAGGAAUCUCGAGCCCUUGUAUUGGUUCAUCAUCUGCAAAACAAGUACCAAACAUUUAGUAAGUACUUUAUCCAGCUACUCGAUCGAUUGGAGGAUGUACGCUUGAAGGAUGUUCAGUUCCGUGAAGCGGUGGAUAAGAUACGUCACUGGCUGCGGGAAAUGCAGACCAAAAAACACGCUCAAAACCUAGGCGCGGACGCACAAGUACAGGCCCUUUCCGAUCGAGAGUACGAAGCAGCAAAGGCUUUGCGAGCGGAAAUUCUUUCGAAGGAUAGUGCUCUUAAUGAAACGUGCUCGUUAGGUGAAAACUUGUACGCCGAGGUGAGUGUAGAUUGUCGCGAAGGAAUACGUGAUGAAAUGAAGCGUUUACGCAGCGAUUACAAUGCUCUUUUGGAGGAGGUUAACGGUGGCAUAAAGCGUAUUGAGUCCGAUUUGAUAAAGAAAAAAUCGAUCGAUGAAAGCCAUAACCAGCUCAACAACUGGUUGACGGAACUUCGGAGUAAGAUAACGUCUGGGUUGACUGAUCGAUAUGCAACACUACCGGAGAAGAAAAGUGCAUUGUACAGUGGGAAAAACAUGCAGAAAGACAUUACUGUGCAUGAGACGAAUUUGGAUCAGAUUCAGAAGAAAGUUAUGGCCCUACCGGAUAAAAGUUCUUUGGGACAGAUCGAUGAAACACGCCAGAACUAUGGUGCUCUUCGUGAGGAUCUCAAUCGAAAGAUUGCACUUCUGGAACAGGCGAUUAAGUCGCAUGAGCAAUACAAUGCAAUGUUGGAAAAGUCACGUGACUGGUUGUUGAAGCUGCAAUCACAAACAGAAGAUAUGUUUAACGACGGCGAUCUUACGAAGGCGAAAUUAGAGGAAUAUCUAAUUCUGGUCGACACGGUGCUAACGGAGGAGGAAGCUGCUCUUGAUGAUGUGAAUGAAUGCUACAAGCAGUUUGCCGUUGUUAUGGCUCAAACACAUGAGAACGGGCAUUCGGAAUUGUUGCGUGCGUUUGAAGACAACAAGCGUCAGUGGACCACCUUUUUCGACAAGUGUCGUGCGUUCAAGGCUCGAUCGACGGAGGCCCUGAAACAGUUGGAUGCGUUCAAUGGACGGUUGGAAGGUGCUUUGGGAUGGUUGGCAAACAAGAAGAGUGAAAUCAAAGAUACUACCGCACAGGGCCCACUGGACACUAAGCAGCAAUGUUUGGAGGCGUUGAAGAAAUUGCGUGACGAUAUCCAAAGUUAUGGUGUUACUGUGAGUGGUAUUCUCGAAGAAAGCCAUCAGGUGAAAUCCAAGUUUGAUGUUAGUGGCAAGGUGGCGCAAUUGCAAAACGAAUACCGUGUUGUGGCAGGACUGUGUGCAGAUGCCAUUACAAAGGCGGAAUCUACUUUGCACGAUCAAAGUGACUUCAACCAAGCGUAUGAUGAGUUUGAACGACUGUUGCGCAAGAACCUGGAAGGAUUGGAAGAGUUCCGCGUGCUGGUCGGUGAUCUGAGUGUGUUACAGGAACGUCAGUUGCGUUUGAAAGAGAUAGCAUACAAACGGCUGGACGAUAGCAGCCCAUACGAGGAUUUAAUCAAUCGUGGUGAGAAGCUAUACUCUUAUACAAGCCCUGAAGGUCGAGAAUUGAUUCGGCAGAAGCUUGCAGCAAUACGGGAUCUAUGGGAUCGAUUCUCGGACGAACUGAACGCGGUAACCCAGCGCCUUGAUCAGUGCAUUCUUCAGUUUGGAGAGUUUUCUUUGCAACAGGAACAACUUUCAAAAUGGUUGAAGGAUAUUGAAAAAUCGAUGGAAGUAAACGCCGAGCUAAAGGCAAACAUACAGGACAAGCGCACGCAGUACCAGAAUCAUAAGCUGAUGCAUCAGGAGAUACUGUCCCAAGUGGGACUGGUAGAAUCUGUAUGUGCAAAGGCGCAGCAGCUGCUUACGCUGACAAAGGACCAACACUUGCAAAGUUGUGUAGUUUCGAUUAAGGAUACGUAUCAGGGAAUCGUACGCAAAUCCGGUGAGCUGUUGGACAACCUGAACGCUUGUGUGCAGGUCCAUCAAAACUAUGUGAGUGCCUGUAGCAAACUGCGUAGCUGGAUCAAUGAAGAAAAAGAUAAGGUGUUCUGUUGCGAGGAAACAGGUGGCGAGAAGACCGAAAUUAACAAACGCAUCGAAGCCCUCAGCAAUCUGAAACUCGGCAAACCGAAGGGUGAUGAACUGUUGAAUACUCUGGUACAGUGCUUCGAGGCAAUGAAGGACAGUACGUCUGCCGCUGGUAUUAGUAUGGUGGAACGCGAGAUUGGUGAGCUACGUAAUGAUCUGGCAAGUUUGUAUGGACAGAUUGAGGAAUUGAUCGGAAACCAGCGAAAAUCUCUCAGCGGUUGGAGUCAGUUUGAUCAAGAUUUGGAAGCACUUACGAAAUGGUGUCGCUCAAUGGAAGGUAUUUUCCGCGAACAGCAGCUAUACGAUUCGCUUGAACGCAAGCAGCAGCAGCUGGAUGUGUUCCGAAAGAAUCAGGAAGCGAUAACUGAGAAGCAGAAACAGAUCGACGAUUUUGUAACAAUGGCUCAGGCUCUCUUUACAAAGACCGGUGUGGAGAAGAUAAAGUUCUAUAUCAACCAGCUGAUCAAUCGGUACCAGUUGUUGCAAGUACUGAGCAAGGAAGUUGCUAACCGCGCGCAAAAUAUCGUCAACGAUCACAAAAAUUAUCAAGAAAGAUAUACUGACUGUGCAGCUCGCUUACAAGAGGUUGAGAAGGAUCUAGAAACACUGGGCCAUGAGAAGCUGGGGGCUGCCAACCAGUCGAAAUUACAGCAGUUGGAGAUUGAAAAGGAGCGGUUUGAAAAUAACCUUACCAGCUUGGUGACGGCAAGUGAAAAAGUGCUGCCCGAAACAAACACCCAGGGACGCGAAAAGAUCCGCGAGGAAGUGCGUCAGUUGAAGGAUCGAUGGGAUCAGAUCAUUGCUGGGUUAAAUAAUUUGAAGAAACAACUUGACGUCCGUUCGAUCCAGUGGUCAUCCUAUCAGGACAUUUUGCAACAGGUGCUGAACUGGUUAGAUGCUACCGAGCGAAAGAUUGAACCAAACGAAUCGCAGAGCUGGAAUUCUACCCAAGAAAUUCGUUCGAAGCUGUUCAAGUAUAAAGCUAUUUUGCAAGAAAUCAGUGGUCAUCGGCGUAUAAUCGAUUCGUUGAAGGAGAAAGCAGAUUCCCUCGUUACGGACGUACAGAACGAAGAUAUUAAUGCGAAGGUCCAGUCCAUAACGGAACGGUACGAAUUGCUGAAAAAAUCUUGCAGUGAUUUGAUACGCCGACUGGAACAAUCGUUGGAGCUGUGCAACAAGUUUAAUGAAUUGCAAAAAUCCUUGCUCGACGAGCAGGAUUAUCUGUUCGGUGAGCUUAAGCAGUUGUCCGAUGUAUCCGGUAAUAAGCGUGCUGUACAGGAUAAGGUUCAAAAGAUCGACGAUUUGCAGCAAGCAAAUGGAAAGAUGGAGGAAAAGUUUAAGAAUCUCGCUAAACUUAUCUCCGACAAUGGGGAUCUAAUAUCGUACGGUGCGAAAACGGUAAUGGAGCAAGAUUUGCUUAAGAUGAAGGGCGACUUUGAAAAGUUUGUCGCAUCGAUUCGAGACGCGCGUGUUGAGCUGCAGAAGCGAAUGCAGCUAUGGGACGAUUACCAACGUGAUCUCGAUCAGAUCGGUGCAUUUUUGGCCGAGGUGGAGGACACAAUGCGAGGCUAUACACUGAAGAACAGCUUGAAUGAGAAGCAGGAACAGCAUGAAUACUAUCAGGCAUUGUUGGGACGCUUAAAACAAAAUGCACUUGAGUUCGAUAAACUACUAGACAAGUCAUCCGAGUUGCUCCAGAGCAGCGGCGAUACGAAAAUAUCGUUCAACAUGCAGCAGUUGAAAUCUCGUGCACAAUCUGUGGAGGGUACGGUGAAGGAGUUGGCUAAGAAGUGCGAAAGUGCCUACAAUGAUCACAAGCAGUACCGUAAACGAUACGACGAAUGUGAUAAGGAGCUGGACGAGAUUCGGGACGUGUUUGAUGGGUGUCGCAUGCAACAUGCCCAAAGCAUACAGAACUCAAGCCAACAACCGGAUGCGCAAGCAGUACUAGGUACGAUACAAACACUACUUGCAAAGCAUAACAUGGUAACAGUGCAGUGCAAUGCAGUGUCCGACAGUGGUGAACAGUUGUACUCUACCACAGCAUCCAAGGGCCAACAGAUGAUACGAAGCGAAAUCCAAGAGUUGACAGCAAAGUGUGAACGUUUGUUUGACGAAGUAAAUGAGUAUGCCCGUUCGUAUGAGGGUCGUUUGGCAAAGCUGUCUGGAUUCAUGGAGAAAGCUGAUCAGUUGCAGGAGUGGCUCAAUAAUGUUGAGGGACAGUUGGGUCGUGGCAGUCUCAUACUGAAGCCAACACUGGAUGAAAAGUGUGCUCAACAACAGGCCUACGCGGAGUUGCUGAAUGAUAUUAAAAAUCACCGACCUGAGUUGAAUAAUGUGCGUGAUCUCGUUGAAAAUAUGCAGGAACGUCACCCAAGCAUUGAACGCAGAAUGGCUGAGCUUACCAGCAAAUAUGAAGAAUGUCUGGAAAAGGCACAAAGCUACGGCGAUCAGUACGAUCGUAUCGUACACAAUCACCGACAGUACUGUAAGGCCGUAAUGGAAACGCAAGACUUUAUCGACGCGAAUCACAACACGGUGGAACUGUGGGGUGAAACCGAUCUCGAUCAAGUAUCGCUAAUGACCAAUUUGGAUCGUCUGACCGAGCUGAAGAAAUCGAUCGUGGCAGAGCAGAAUCGCGUCGAACAGAUACGCACACUAGGUGAAGCUACCAUUCCCGAUACGAGUGAUGAGGGUCAGGCUAACAUACGCUCCCAGAUUGACAUUUCGCAGCAAGAGUGGGAAGGACUGCUGGCUGCCAUUGAUACCACGAUGGACGGCAUUCGCGGUAAGAUGACCGAAUGGAGCGAUUAUGAGAAGAUUCGUACGGAUUGUAUGAACUGGAUGCGUGAUAUUGAUGCGAAGAUCCACUCGGUUGACCUAAAAGCGACUCUGAUCGAUAAAAAGGCCACCUUGGAUUAUCUGAAGAGCUUGCAGGGCGAGGUAAAGGCGAAGGAACUCGAAAUUGAUAACUUUACCGAAAAGGCCCAACAGCUGUAUCGUGGUUAUUUGAGCAGUCGCAAUUCUCAAAUAUCGGAACUGGCAGUGAAAUAUCAGCAAACAGCUAGUCGCAUCAAGGAACUCGUUGGCCGUUGGCAACAGUACGUUAUUCAACAUCAAGAGCUGGAGACCCGCAUAGGCGAGCAUCGCGAUUGGCUCAAUAGUGUGCGCGAGAAGUUGAACUACUGUGCUGAUCUUUCGAGCACCUCUGAAAAAGAACUGCAAAGCAAGCUCAAACUCGUUCAGGAUAUGAUCGUAAACAAAGAAGACGGUUCCGGACGGUUGCAGACGAUCGUGGAUCUUGCACAACAAGUGCUGGCCUGUACUACGCCUUCCGGACAUGAAGCUGUGAAUAAAGCUGUAGCAGCAUUGCAAGAAGAAUGGUCUUCGCUAGCGUUACGCAUGAUCGAUAUCCGAGCGAACUUAGAUGAAGCUAUUAAUCAGUGGUCUGGCUUUUUGGAUCAGGUAAACGAUCUAAAGCGAAACAUUGACUGGAUGGAGAACGAACUGAGCGGCUUCAUCGAGUUCCAGGCAACUAUGGCCGACAAGCGAGCACAGUUGGAGAGAAUCAAAAAUACGGAAGAGAAAAUCCGUUUGGAGAAGAUCGAAAUCGAACCACUGAAGCAAAAAACUGCUGAGAUGGCAGCUUCUGGUCAGCAGUCACAGGCAGCAGCAACGGCGCAGCAGAUUCUGAGCAAGUUUGACUAUUUGGCGGAAAAGAUAAGCAAGAUAUUAACCGAUCGCGAGGAUCAGUAUCGUGAUCACCGUCUAUACAAGGAGGCUUACGAUGAUCUGUUCAACUGGAUUAGCCGUGCCAGAGAGAAGCUACCUUGCGUGAAACAACAAUCUCUGAGCGAUAAGCUUACAAUGGAUAGUGCAAUUGCUCCGCUGGAUGCGCUAAUGAACAAGAAAGCCCAAGGUGAAUUGUUAGUGGAACAUCUAGUGCAUACUGGCGAAGUGGUAAUGGCUUCAACGUCAGAGAAGGGCAAGGAAGCGAUCCGUAGUGAUAUCAACGGACUGAAGGCUAACUUUGAAUCACUGUUUGGUGACAUCGACAAGCAGAAGCGUGAUCUAGAGAAGACGCUCAAUUUGCUGCGCGAGUACAAGGAAGAGUACGAGCGUUUGUCUGAAUGGUUGCAGCAGGUGGAUAUUUUGGUGAAAAACCAUAAGCUUGCCAUGUGUUCCAACUUGGCAGAAAAGGAAAAACAAGUGCGUGAAAUGCGGGAGCUCAUCGGUAAGCUUGAGAAGGGUCAGGUGGAAAUGGAUAAGUUUAACGCAUUCGCGGCACCACUUCUACAAUCUCAUCUGGACACGUACAUCGGCAACCAGUUACGCCAUCUGAACUCACGCUACCAGGUACAGGUAAAUCUCGCAAAGGAUGUGCUGAAAAAGGUAGAAACAAACCAUGAUCUGCACCGUGAAUAUAAGGAUAAUCUGACUAAGGCAAACAGUUGGAUCGAAAAUGCCAAGGAAAUUGUACGUUACUCGACAGAAAACGUAGACAGUGUUAGCAAGGACAAUCUGGAGAAACGAUUGGAAAAGAUAGUGGAAUUGAUACAGCAGCGCGAACAAGGCCAGCAUCUAGUAAAUGCGACUGUCAACACUGGAGAGAAGGUUGUGAAGAGUACGAAAUCCGAUGGCAAGGAAGUGAUAAACGGUGAGAUAAAGGAUAUCCAGACAAACUGGGAUCGAUUGGUGAAGCGCAUGUCCACGGCUAAAGUACAACUCGAGACAAAUCUUCUGCAGUGGGCAGAUUACAGCUCAAGCUACAAUCACUUACAGCAAUGGAUUCAAGAUCGCGAAAGCAAACUGCAACAAGUAUGCGAACAAAAGGUCGUACGUUUCCGGUUGGGAGGUACAUCCAGCAGUUUGAGCAGCGGUUUGAAUGAACGUCGAGCAAAUCUGCGUCAGGCGAACGAUAUCGUACAGGAUAUUGUGAGCUUCGAGCCGAUGAUUCAGUCCGUAGCAAGCAAAGCAUCGGAUCUACGUCAAACAUCACCUGCCUCGGAGAUAUCGAACAAAUACGAAACCCUUAGCAAACAGGCGAAGGAAAUGUUUGAAAAGCAAAAGGAAACAGUCGAACUCCAUCAGGCGUUUAUCGACGCAAGCAAUGAGUUCGCUGCUUGGAUUCGAAAUGCGAAGGAAUGUCUCAACAAGUGUUCCGAUUCUCGUGGUGAUAAGGAGACGCUCGUUUCGAAAAUGACACAGUUGAAAAUACUGGACAACGAUGUACCGGUUGGCCAGAAAAAACUGGAAAAAGCACUCGAACAGGCGGAAGUUGCUUGUCGCAAUGUGGACACUGAAGAGGUGGAAGCGAUCGAAAAGGAGGUAGCUAUUUUGCAGGAAGAGUUCGACAACUACUGUUUGGCGCUGAAGAAGAUCAGUGGUGCACUGGAAAAUGGAAUCGUACGCUGGACUGAGUAUGAUGAUCAGUAUGGUGUGGCACUUAAAUGGUUGGAUACCAUCGAGCAGGAAGUGCAAACGUACAACAAAAUGCAGGCCAAUUUGCAGGAAAAGAAGCGUGUGCUGGAAGAGUUCCAGGACAAACUGCAAACACUUUUCGAUUGGCAACGUGAGCUUGACAGCUUAAAUAUGCGAGCUCAGGUGUUGUUGGAAAUUUGUGCCGAUACACGCAUCAGCAACGGAGUGACGCAGCUAACUACCAAGUACAAUGUGCUACUCUCGAUUGCGAAGGAAAUUAUGCGCCGUCUGGAGCUACACUAUCAGGAACACCAGCAGCACAAUACGCUGUAUGGAGAGUGUCAGGACUGGUUGGAUAGGAUGCGCGAGAAGUUGAACGAAUGCGAAUCUGUACCACAUACUGUCGCAGAAACGCAAUCCAAACUGAACAUUGUUAAAGGAAUCCGACAGUCAUUGGAACAGGGUCAGAACAAGUUGCGAUAUUUGAUCGAGCUGAAGGAAAAAAUUGUACUCAGCACUGAGACGAGUGGUGCAUCGAAGAUCGAAGAGGAUACGGAAAAUUUGAAAACCGAAUAUGAAUCACUUAUGGUCGACAUAACCGAAACACGCCAACGCCUCACUAACCACCUCGCACAACUCGAAGACAUUGGCAAACUGUCGCGAAUGUUGGCUGAAUGGGUCGAGGAGGUGCAGAGUAAACUGGAUGCUGGUGAGACUAUGCAGAAUGAGCUUGCUGAUAAGCGUGUGCUGCUGGAGAAGUAUCGUGCCAUUCACCGGGAAACUGGAAACUACAAUGAGGUAGUAGACAAGAUUAAAUCCAAAAUGACCGAUAACGCCAACAUUGAUGUGGAAGAGUUUAACAAGAUUCUUACCGAUUACGAUGCGAUCGUAGGAAAGGUAGUAUCGGAGAUUGAGCGACUGGAAAAUCAGGUCAAUAAUCACGAACGGUUCAAGCAAGCGUUGGGUGAGUUGUACGAGUGGAUGAAAGCCACUCGACAGACCAUACAACAAUCGUCCGAUUUCCAUGGCGAUAAAGAGCACAUUGUCGGUCGCAUUGAGAAGCUGAAGGGAAUUGAGUUAUCGUUUUCAGAAGGCAAGGUGCUGCUGGAGAAUACUGCCGACAUGGGCAACUCCUUGGCAGCGAUCAGUGGCCAAGAAGGACAGGCAUCGAUCAAACAGGAAAUACUGCAGGCUCGUGCUGAUUGGGAUGAGCUUGAGGAGCUGGCACGAAACUCCAGACAGACGCUAGAAGAUUGUCUAGGGUCAUGGGACAGCUUCCUGGACAAGUCGGAAACUCUGGGUGCCUUCCUGGAGGAGUACAACGUUAAAGUAAAUGGAUACGGUGCAAGCGAAGGAACUGCAGAUCAGGCAGCAGUACUAAGCGAACUGAAGCGCAUUCAGGAUUUGAUUCUGACGAAAAAGAGUACCGUCGAAGAGUUGAACGAUGUUUGCGAGGCACUUAUGGAGAAGAGUGCAUGUUCGACGGUUCGCGAUCGUACAGUCGAUCUGCAAAAGAGCUACUCGACAUUGCUUGGAAAAGUGCAAGGAUUUAUCACAAAACUAGAGAAAAACCUUGUUAGUCAUACCGAGUUCAUAUACUAUAAGGAAGAAAUCAACAAGUGGUUAAACGAUGCCAAUGCAACGAUUAAAAAUUGCAGCGAUGUUGCUGCGGAUGACGUGCUUGUUAUCAGACAGAAGGUGGUACAACUGCAAGGAUUAUCCAACUCGAUCCCGCAAGGCCAAAAGUUGUUCGAGAUGUUGCAAGAUUCAUUCACCAAGUCGUCCUAUCUAUAUCCGGAAGAUAAACAAACUACCAUGUUCCAGGACAUUUCCGAUAUUCGUGACUCGCUAGAUACGGUAAUAAUUGGUAUCAGCUCAUCGUUAAACAACCUGAACGCACAGGCAAGCCGGUUGGAGUCAUACGAGGAGUUAAAACGACGCAUUAACGAGUGGCUAGCAACCACGGAAAGUGUGUUCGAAACGCUCCCCGAAACGCAUGGUGAGAUGACGGAAGUAAAAACAUUACUGGAGCGUUUAAAGCACAUCCAAACAGAAAUAUCGUUUAAACAGACGGAUCUUGAGAACCUGCAGCAAGAAGCGGCAAAUCUUUUUGACGUGAACAAGUGUUCCGCCGAGAUGGAACGUGUAGCUAGCCUGCAGUCUCGUUGCACCAAGCUCAGCGAAAAAUGUUCGUACCAAAUUCGAAAGCUAGAGACGGAACUAGACGAUCAGAUGGCGUACUACCAGAAUCUGCAGGAAAUAGAAAAGUGGCUGUUGCAGAUCUCGUUCCAGCUUAUGGCGCACAACUCCUUGUACAUUUACAAUCGAGAGCAGACGCUUGAACAGAUUGCACAGCACGAGAAACUACUGGAUGAAAUACAACGUUAUCAGGUUAAUAUUGAUGACUUCAACGCCAAGGGCCAAUGUCAGAUCGAACGAUACAUUUUGAAAGCACCGGCCAUUAAGAGUCGCAUUGAAACGCAAAUGAAGAACAUUCGCGACAGCUACAACUCGUUGUUGAAUACAUCGGUACAGAUUAAGAACAGGCUGCACGAUUCUCUCAACAAGUUCCAAGAGUACGAAGAUACGCUGGAUGACAUCAAUAGACAGCUUGAUGAGAUGGAACCACUGGUCGCGGAAGAACGAAUGCUCGAAGUAGUUGAUUACGGAGUCGGCCAAUCACAGCUAGAGAAAGCACAAGGCAUACACAACAAGCUACAGGUAGAAAAGAGUCGUCUCAUGUUCGCUGUGCAGGCUUGCGAAGCAGCGACAGCAAGUAUUAGCAGACCGAGCUCACCGAUGGACAACGUUUCGCAGAUGAUUCCUGAAAAGGAGCUGAUGGUAAGAGCCCGUUUAGAAGACCUUAUCGAUGAUGUCCAGCAAUGGAUUGCGGAUCUGAUUUCCUCAAUUAAUGAUUGCGAGCGUCAGCACAAACAAAAGGUCGAAUUGGAAAACUGGAUUCAGAAACAGAAAGCAAUCGUUGCCGACUGGAGCUCAAAGCCGUGCAAGUUUAGACCGGAAGCGGCGGAACAGGAAUUGCGCGCAAUGAAUGAACUGUCACGCACCAUUACUGUCAAAAGAGAUGAUUUGCUGGGUGAUACUGAUCAGGAUCAUCGUUUGCGUGAAGAGCUCGAGAAGUUGCAGGCAAGUCUGAAAAAGGUGAUCGACCGCAAGAAGGAUGAUCAGCUAGCGAUUGAGAAGUAUCGUAAGAACUACGAAGACGUACAGGGUUGGCUGGAUGCGAUAACGAAUCAGAUCGAUAAUGUUGAGAAAGGUGGUGGUCUGAGCUGUAAACAAAAGCUGGAAAAAAUCUCCAACAUUAAGCGUAUUCUGGAGAAUGACUGUGAGAUGAUAUCCAACUUUAAACGCAAUGGAGACCAUAUCGUUGAGCUCGUGAGCAAUCUCGAUGCGCAACAGGUAACGGAACAACUGAAAUCCAUCGAUCGGCGCUAUAACGACAUCACAAAGCGUCUGAACCGUCGAUUAGACGUAAUUGAUUCCACGAACAAAAUGUUUGGAAAACUGCGAAGCGACAUUGGAGAAUUGUCGCAGUGGGUAGUGGAUAAGAAUGGAUCUUUGGAUGCACCGUAUCAGUUGGGAUCGGAUACGAAAUCGGCAGAAAAUCAACAGCAAACAUUCAAAUCGCUGUUGAAAGAAAUUGAAGGUAAGCAAUCGUAUGUCGAUACACUGGGCAAGAGGUUUUCGAGCAUACAGUCCGACUUGGAACCUCAUGAGAAGCAACAACUCGAGGUGGAACUGCAGACGUUGAUGAAGAAUGUUGGUCUGCUCGGCGAUCGAGUGCGUGGCGAGUUGGAUAAAAUUGUGGAAGACAUCUUGUGCCGUAAAAACAUGCACAACAAUUUGGACGUUACGCGAGCGUGGAUCAAAACGAAACAAAACGACGUGAACAAGAUUUCAGAUCAGAUACCACUGUUGUCAAGCAACGUGAACUCGGAGAUCAAGCUGUGUCAGCGCCAUGCACAGACGAUCCGGGAGUUUGAGGAAAACGCCUUCAGGGACGUAUCGAAACAGGUACGCGAAAUUAUGAAGGAUUGCAAUGACGAAGGUAAGGCAAAGCUGGCUCAAGAAUUUGGCGACAUCGAGGCCAAACUAAGGGAGCUGGUGGAAAGCUGCUCCCGUAAGAUCGACUUCAUGGAGUGCGAACAUGGCAAGCGUCGUGAGUUCGAGAGUCGUAAGGAUCGCGUGUGGAACUGGCUGAACGAAGCGGAGUCGAUCGUGUCCGCCGAUAUCCGUACCACGAGUUACGAGAUACUGAAGGAUCAAAAGCAAAAAUUCGACAAGUUGUGCAAAGAGUGCGAAGUGAUGAAAGGUGUCGUGAAGGAAGCGGAAGAUUUCAAGAGUGCAAUUCUGCCUACGCUGAACGAACUGGACAAGACGAACAUUAACAAUCAGGUGAAAGUGAUGCGCGAAAAGUGGAACGCUAUAAGCAAUGUGCUGAAGGUGAAGUGCAAAAAGCUGGCAGACCAUCUUGUUGAGUAUGAGGAUGCGAUCGCGAAGAUUCAAGGUUGUGCCGCGUUUAUUGUGCAAGUGCAGAGCCGAUUAAAAGAAAUGAAUCGUCCAGUGACAAGCAGGAUCGAAAACAUACAGGACUUCCUGCUAGCGUAUGAGCAGAUUCUGGGCAGUUUGAAAGAUAAACGGUUAGAAAUGAGUACCAUACUGUUGACUAACUUACCACAACUCCGGGAGAACUCGGCCAAACUGGAGGAAAUGAUCAUGGGAAUCGAGGAGCAACUGCGUCGACUGAAAGCGAUGCUGCUGCUGAAGGAACAGUUUAUCGGUGCAAUCAAUGACAUUGUGAAGCUGAUUGCUAAGAUCAACACUGACUUUAACACCGUGGAUAACUUUAGUCCAAUGGUGGAUGAUCGUUUGUUGCGUUACGGCGAAAUUCUUCAGAACAUCGAAGAAUGCGAAGGUCUGUUAGUAGCUGCCACAGACAAGGGCCAUCAAAUUGCUAGCGAUGGUACCGAUCUGGAUCGGCACAACAUUAUGGACCAGAUUCAUUCGCUUCAGCAGCAACUAGCAUCGAUUAAACGAUCGAUCGAACUGGAGCAGGAUAAAUAUCAGAAGCAGCGAGCGUAUCACAAGACCCUAUCAAACGACUUAUUUGCACUGGUAGAUUGGUUUAAGGAUAAUGAUGAACACAUCAAGUCUCGUCCACUUUUCGGGUUGGAUUUGAAGAUGGCCGAUCAGCAGCACAGCGCUCACAUUGCGUUAGCCGGCAAAGCUAAUAUAAAUUUGAAAAUGAUUGAAGAUUUACUUGCCAAGCUGGCGCACAGUGACAGCAAACUGCCUGAAGAUCUACAGGACAUGGUCGACCGCGCGCGAGCAUUGCAUGAAUCGAUACCGCAGGAGCUGGUGGCACGGGAAGCGUAUCUCACACAGAACCGUCAGUAUCGUAUGGAGUUCCGCGAUAGUAUGGAGCGUGUUAAAAAGUGGCUCUCGGCGGCGGAGAAUAGAUUCGAACAUACGAAAACGUUCAGCUUUGACCAGGAGAAGAUCACCGUAGCGUUGAAGGAGUUGGAAGACUUCCUCCAUGGUGAGGCAGAGAUACGUACGUUGCUGUACAGUGGCAUUCAGGAACAGGCCGAUCGCUUAUGGAACUCGUUAAGUGAGAUGGACCAAAACCAGUGUCUCGGUGAACUGCAGCAGUUGAAAAAUCGUUUAAGUGACGUGUCGCAUCGUGCCGCGGUGCAGCAGACGGAACUGCUGUCAAACAGUGAUCUGGUGAAAUCGUACAAGAAGCAUUCGAGUGCAGUGAACAAUGUGCUUGUGAAGAGUAAGUUGGACGACACGAUCCUGACCAUCCCGACCCUUCCGGCCCGUAUUGAUCACAUCAACGUGUUGCUCAACAUGCUGCAGGUGCAGCAUAACGAGCUCGAUAUUCUGAACGAACUAUCGCAAAAGAUAGUGAACCGUGCGGAUCAGUACAAUCGAGACCGGGUGCAGAAGGAAAACGCCGACGCAAACCGCCAGUGGGCCAGCAACGCAUCAUUGUUGGAAAAUUUGCGCGAAAACCUCAUCCAGCUGCAGCAGCAGUGGGAUCAGCUGGAAAGCAUCCUGCAGGAGCUGGAGGUAAAAUCAAACCUGCUGCUAGAGAAGGAUCGAGGUUUGGAUUUGGUGGUACAUUCACGCGACCAAACCGAAGCCAAGAAGCACAUUGUCGAGAACUUGCUGGAAGACAAGUCCGCCCUUGGUCAGCUGAACACGAAGGCAAACGCACUCGCUAAAACACUCAUCAAAGCCCUGCGCGAACAGAAACUGCUGCCGCAAUCAUUGGAAGAAAAGUUAACGCAUCUGAACGACAUCAACCUACGACUUUCGGACAAUCUUACGAGGAAGGAACGUCAACUGCGAGAAAUUCUCGGCGAGCUACAGCACUAUCUGGACCAGAUCGGUGAGCUAGCCCAACGUAUCGAGUCGGUGCGCAAGGAUCUGACCCAGAUUAAUCCAUUCGACGAACGGCUCUAUCAGACGGAAAAGGCACUAGGUGCGGUAAGGGAAGCGGCCGAGAACUGUAGCGUUCAGCGGGAAGAUCUUCGCCGGCGCAUCAACGAAAAGUACCUGCCGGUCCAGAAGUUCGUACCGACGGAUCUGAAGGACGGGCUCGAACUGCUCGAUCGCUCGCUAACGGCCAUAAACAGCACGAUGGAGGACUAUCAGGGUGCGUACAAGAAGGCCAAAACCAUCCGCACGGACUAUUUCACCGUGUACGAUCGCAUCAAGACGUGGAUCGAGAACGCGGAGCUAACCAUCUCGAAUCAUGGCAUCGAUCCGAGCGAGCUGAAAAGCAAGCUGAUCGUGCUGAUCAACGAGUUCGGUGAUAUGCGUAUGGCACACGAGCAGUUAGUUUUCAAUGGUAAUGAAAUUAUGCGCCACUGUACGGAAUCGAGCGAUCGUACCGCAACCAAGGCAAACAUGGAUCAGCUAACGUACGAACUGGACAAAACGAUCGCACUGAUCGAGCAGAAGAACCAAACGGUCGAUCAGAUCCUGGGCAACUGGGCCAACUUUAUGCGGCUGUAUCAAUCCGUCGUGGACUGGUCGAUAAAAAUACGCGCCCUGUUGGAGCGCAAGCUGCAGCUAAACACGCUGCACGAGGCACAGCUCGCCUGUCAGAAUUAUUCAAACGCAGUUAACAGUCUUGCGGAUGUAUCACAGAAUUUGAGUGAAAUGAAUCACGAGUUCGAUAAAAUUAACGAAGUUUGCUCGACGGCUUAUCUGAAGGGCAAACUACACGAAGCCGAAACGUUGAAAAUCGACAUCGAAACAGUGUUGUUUGAAAGGAAUCUGUUCCUUCACGAAACGACGGAAGAGUGGCAACAGUACGAGCGGAAAAUCGAGAGCGUAAAGGAAUGGAUAAAGGACUCCUACCAGACCUUGAAUUCGAGUGAGCUGAAGAGCAAACCGUUACGCGAUCAGCUCCGAAUUUUGGAGCAGAUGCUGGCGGAUAUUUCGGCUCAAAAGAUCAAGGUCAACAUGUCGCUAGAAAAGCUGCAGGUUCACUUCCAUUCGGACAUCAUUUACACGGACAAUCCGAACAUCGUACAGUGCGGUCGGGCCGUAAUGGGCGACCUGGACAAGCUGAACAUGGACGUGUUCCAGACGACACAAAAUCUGGACCAAGCCCUGUCCCAGAUCGAAGGUUGUCAGGCGGAAAUGCAAACGAUCCGGCAGCGGAUCGUGCACGAGGAACAGCAGCUCCGGAAUAUCUUAUCACCAUUGCAUCAAUCGAGCGAUAGUGAAAAGCACGAACAGGACCGUUCGAUGCCGUAUGAUUGGAACAUAGAGUGUUACGAUCAGGAAGCAAGCGCACCAUCGACGACGGAAGUACGGGAUGCAAAGCGCCAUACCGACACCCGUUCGGUACCGGAAGUCCCGAUAGCACGAUCACAGGCCGGCAGAAGUGUGGUGGUUGUAACCGCAUCAACUCCAGUGCCGUCUGCCUGGAGUAGAACUGGUGAUGGUGACGAUCUGACGUAUGCGGAAAUCGUUGCCGGUCUUCGUCGUCAACGUCAACGAGGUCACGAUCCACCGCUUCAUUUGAUUGAAAGACACGCCGGGCAACAUAAUGUGACAAACAUCUCGAUCACGAGUCCGGUACAGCACAAUGCUCGAAAUGUUUCGGACCCAGUUGUUUCAAUGACAUCUACAAUGCCAACGUCUGGAGAACCUAGCAAUAAUGAUCAGUACCAAGCAGCUCGUACUGUUGUCCAACUUACGGAGGCAAAUAAGCAGGCUCUCGAUGAACCGUUUACACGAGAGCCUCCAAAGGAACAACGUAGAUCCCGUAGACCACCUUUAACAUCUCCCAAACUACCGAUCCGUCCAGCUGAUACAGUCGAUUCCGUGACCUCGAACAUCAUUAACGUAACUACUAUUGUUGGUGCUACCUCAACCCAACCAGUGGUAGUUAUGACAUCUGCGAAAGGACCGGAACUAACGCAGCUGGAAGUAUCUAGUGCCGGGUCCGCUGGACCCGCGUCGGUAUGGUCUUUUGGAAAUAAGACCUACGCAGAAGUGUUGAAAGAAAUUGCCGCAUCUAAUCAAUACCGCAUGCAACAGCAGCAACAACAGCAAGAAUUUCUACAGCCUUCCUGGAGUGAAAGCAGCUACCAGCAGCACAGUGCUGCAGGAAAGCAGCAGGUCGGUGCACCUGUACGCCUUGGUUUACCUCAAUCCUACACAAACCGUUCCCGAUCGAGCUCAAGAAAUCGUCCAAUGCCGGAAACCGUAUCGCGUGUAAAUAUUGUACAUAGUGAUUAUCAACAAAUGACACCAACUAGUCAAGGGCAGCAAACGGUACGCCCUGCAAAAGUGCAAUCAAGAUCGGCUUCUGUAAAAAGCAAUGCAUCGUCAACUCAAUCGCAAGGAACUGGUGCAGGCGAAAAGAUGACGAAGAAACAGCCUGCUCAGCAAAGUGUGACCGAUCGUAAGAGUGUACGUGCUACGGCAACCCUCGUGAACGCAUCCGAUUAUAUACCAUCCGAACAGAGUGAUUCGACCGAAAACAUCAACUACAGAAAGGCGAAGAAGAGCAAAAUUAAGCAGAUACAAAGCAAGGAUGACAAACUGUUACCAGUGCCGCAAGAACCGAAAAUGAAACCUAACGCGAAGGAGCAGCAAGUGUUUGUGACAGAGAUCAAUGUGAAUAAAUCCGAAACGCCCGCCAGACAAUCGACUAGUCCGAUGAAAACAGUGUCCAUAGUGAAUCUAACCGAUCAGCCCGAAGUGGUUGCCAGUGCAGAGACGAAAAUAACGAUUAAUGUGAACGAACCGGUACAGGCGUUUACGGAGUUGAAACAGGUGGAACAACCGAAAGAACAUUACGUUACGCAGAUCCAGCUCCAGGAUCAGGAAACGGGUCAGCGACGUCAGCAAAUUCGUAAAAGUGCCAAAAAGCGUAAUAAAACCACCACCACUAAUAAGUUGCUGGAUAUUAGCAUGAGUGAACCGGUGAUGGUACAGCUACACGAACAAGGGGAAAACAUAUCGACAGUGGAGAUCGUUUCACCAAAGGAGAAAAAUGUAUCCGUAGUAGAUCUGCGCCCGUUGCAAGAACCUUUGACAGUAACGUCAAUUGAGUUGAAGGGCGAUGAUAAGACACCUCUGGAAGCGUACAGCAAACAAAUAGAACAUCAGCUUAAUGCUGGAAGUUUGAUGGAGAAGAUCGUUGAUGCAUCUGAAAUGAAAAGCACUGAUUUGGUACAAGAUCCCAUCAUGUUUACAGAGGAAAUCGUGCAAAUUUCCCAACCAUGUGUAACUAUUGAUAGAAGUGAAAUGGAAGAGACUGUACAACAAACCGAAACAGUGAGCUAUCAUCGUUCGGAGGUGUCGUUUUCGACAGUAACUGAAACUGUGCAUGAAGAGAUCAAAGUUGAACAUAAAUCGAAUGCAAAAGAAACUAGUCCGAAAACAUACACUACAUCGUUACACAUUGAACAAACCCAUGUCGAAGAGCCACAUACAGAGAACAUGGUUCCAUCAACUGAGAUUCACGAAUCAAAUGAGUCAAACAAGGAAGAUAUCAAACCAAUUGCAGAGAAUAUCGCUAAAGAAAGUGAAAUCUGGUGUCCACCAACAAAGAAAAAAGGCAAAAAGAAGCAAUCGAAGAAGACAAAUAAGACAACCGAUGAUCAGCCAGAUGAUUCUGCUAGCAGUCGUCAGGUCAUUGAGCAAAAAAGAACGGAAUUUGUCAGAUCCAUGCUUACAGAAACAAUGAUCGAGACUAAUGAUCAAGUUUCUGAUACUAAACCCAUCGUUGAGUGUACAUCGGAUGUGUUUGUUGCACAAGUUACACCUUCAGCAGAAGAGUUGGCUCUCAUGAGUGCACGGGAAGAAUCAUUUUUGGCGGACAUCAGUGGACCAGUUAGUAGUGUUCCUUCAGCAGAGGAAAAUGUCGUUUUAAAUGCAAAAGAAGAAGCGUUGUUGUCUGAUAUAAAUGGUUCUGUUUGUAAUUUCAAAAUGGAUAUUGCAUCUGAUGUAAAAGAUCUGCCAAUACAAAGUAAACUCUCAUCGGAAGAAAUAGCCCUUAUGAACGCUAGAGAAGAAGCAUUCCUUGCUGAGAUGAGUACACCGGUCGUUAAGCAAGAAAUAGAUUAUGUAUCUCAAGUGGAAGAACCUUCAGCUGAAAUUGUUCCUUCGUCGGAAGAAAUCGAACUCAUGAACGCAAGAGAGGAAUCGUUUUUGGCCGAGAAAAGUACUCCAAUAGAAAAGCAAGCACAAUCUCAAGUGAAGGAACCUUCGACUCGAAUCGAUCUUUCUUCGGAGGAAAUCGCUCUUAUGACCGCAAGAGAAGAGUCCUUUUUGGCAGAAAUGAGUGGAACAAUUUCAAAUCUUGAGUUCAGUGCUUCGUCAAAAGAAAUAGCUGUAAUAAACACAGAAGAACCACCAACAGCUUGUGACUUAGAAGUUAAAUUAGAAACAAACCCAGAUCCUGUUUCAAUGACACCUUCAGCAGAGGAUCUAGCAAUCAUGAACGCUAGAGAAGAGGCAUUCCUAGCUGAGAUGAGUGUACCAACGUCCAAUCUAGAAAUGAAUACAGGCACUAAUUUCAAGAACAUGUCGGUUUCUGUUGGACCUUCGAUUGAGGAAAUAGCUGCGAUGAAUGCAAGAGAAGAAGCCUUCCUGGUUGAGAUGAGUGGUUUAUCUUCUCAUGUUGAUUUAGAAAUUGCAACAAAUACUGAUCUUGAUUCAUUAAAACCUUCCGCAGAAGAAGAAGCACUCAUGACUGCAAGAGAAGAAUCAUUUUUGGCUGAGAUGAGUGCAUCAGAGCCCAAACAAAUUCUAGAAACAUCAAAAGCAGAUGAUAUCAGUUUUGCACAUUCAACAGAAGAAAAUGUUUCAAUGAUCGCAACACAAGAAACGGACGAUCCAAACAAAACAGGCGACUCGAAUGUAAAACCAGAAACGAAAGAAGUAUCUAUUUCAGCCGAGGAAGAAGCCCUCAUGAGUGCAAGAGAAAAGUCAUUUUUGGCAAAUGUUAGCGAAGAAACCGAACCCAGUUCACAAGAUCGUGUGGUUUGCAAUGCAGAAAAAAUGACGCUCCAAGGCAAAAAACUUAACGUAACGACUUUAAUCUCUUCACCUGUCGCUGAAAUUCCAUUAGCACCGUCGGCCGAAGAUCGUAGCUCAAAUCAAGCAAUGGUAACUGAUACUGGUGUUGAAUCUGUUUCAACUACUCCCAGCACAACACUUACUGAAACUGUGAACCUUGCAACCGGAAAGAGUCCAAAGAAAAAGCAAAAAGAUAAAUUUAAGAAAAUCAAAAAAUCCGAUGCCGCAAAUAUGGCCGCAUUCCUCGAAGCGGAACGGAAAGUGUUUGAAGCAGAAGAAGCAGCACAAAAUCAACCUGCCCCUACGGAUCCGAGAGCACGUGAUCAAACGUCACCGGGAAUGAGCUCCAUUACAAAGGAGCAGAUUGAAACAAUAAUUGUGGGGAUUAAUUUCGAUCGGCAAAAAUCACUUACCAGUGCUAACGAUUCUGAAGCAAAUGCUGGUGAAGCAAGCCAACUAUCUACGGAAGAAACAUUCGUUGUAAAUAUGCCCGAAAGUCCGAUGAAGGUUGUUCAAGAGUUCCGAAGUAAUUUGGUGUUUGAGGACUACGAUUUUAUGCAUCAAUCUCCGGUGAAACGAUCCAAUGAAACAGACCGUAUUGAUGGCAAAGGAAGUCGUGCUAAAGAAGCCAAAUUUAAGCCACAGCUGGAAAGCAUUCCAUCAGAUGCGGAUCUUAUGGGGAAAGGUGACAGUAAUGAAAAAUCUACGAAAGAAAUCGAAUCUACUGUUUCCAGCACCGCAACCAGCAAGAUCAACACAACGGAAUCCAAGGAUUCUAGCAAACAAGCUAACAUGGAUGUUGACUCCGGCAAAGAAAACAAUGAUCCCGUGCAAAGAAUUGUGAUUAACUCAAAGUGGCGCGAUAACCGCCAAAAGAUCUCAAUGAUAACACACGAGGAAGUUUUACUGCAACCGGUUUCACAUAUAAAAAUGCAACUACCAAAAAUCAUUGCGGCAAAGGUGGAGAAAGUGCUGGAACCUGAAGAAAGACCAGACGUUGUGCCGCUGGAACCGAUCGUGCAAGAGACACCAAAGGAAGAAUUUGUUGGAGUGGAUGAAGAACUGGUGCAUGAAGAUAUUCAGGUUGGACAGGUAGCAACAGAGGUUUCGAUGUUGGACAUUUCUCCUUCCAUCGUGUAUGAAACACAGUCGGUAGAUGUGUUGGAGAAAGAAGCUUCAUUACCGGAGGGUACUGAUAUGGCGUCGGGAAUGGUGGUGGCUACGGAGUCAAAAGAAUCGGAUAUGGUUUCGGAUACGGUCACUUUUGCUGAGCAGCGCUCUUCUAGUCAGGAGGUGUACACAACAACUACAACUUCUGUGAUGUAUCGUACGACAACGAUCACCUAUAUGCAAUCGGACGAGCAGGAGGAAAUAAAUGAAAUCUACACAAGUCCCACGGUUGUUGAACAGAGUGUAAAAACGGUCGUUACUCGGGAUGAACCCACGUUGAACGUAUCGGUGUCCUAUUCAGAAGCGGAUCGAAGUAUGGGAGAUGAAGUGAUGGUGGAGCGGAUCGUGAUUGAAAAAGAUGAAGACGUAAUGGGCACUGUAGAUGAAACGAUUAUAAGUGAAACUGAUCCCGAAGAAAGUGUUAUGGAACCAAAGCAAUCACUAUUAGACAGUUCAGUGAUAUCAGAGGCAGAUCGUAGUAUGGGAGAGGAAGUGAUCGAAACAAAGACAAUGAUCGUAUCGGAAGAAAGUGAAGGUGACGAGGAACGGAUAGUGCGAGAGAUGUGCAAAGAAUCUUUCCAACAAGACGCGUCUUUUGAGGUGGCAAAACAAACUUCAUCGCCGGGUGUAACAAGCAAUACAAUCGAACCUGUACUAGGUAGUCCGAUUGAUACGGAAUCGUCUAACGGCCAGGAUUAUUGGCAGUAUCAUGAUACUGAGCGACAUUACAUUCAGAAUUUUACAGUGCAUUCGCAUGAUAAGAAACAGGAUGAUAAACUUGUACAUGACACUUCCCUUGUGAAGGAAUCCUUCCCAACUAAUGACGCAGAGGAAAAUAUGAUUGAGGAUUCGAACGUAAAACCGGUUUCGAUGGGUAUUUCUAUGUCAAGCAACAAAAGUGAUAGGGAGCUGGCCGAAAUCUAUCGCACCUUACAGCAAUCUUACUUGAGUAUGUGGCAGCUACGUGAUGCCGAAAAUAGCUAUCAGAAAUUAGAUGCUAGAGAGGGCAAUAGUAAAAAGUUAGGUGAAAACUUGAGUCAAUCAACGCUAACUUCCGAUAAACCAGAGGAAACACAGGGUACUGAACAGAAAGUUUUGGAUAAAAAUGCGGAACAAGAAAGCACAUUAACGAGUCAACUCGAAGUAUUGAAGAGCUUGGGACAAUCUUUCGUCAUUGGUUGGCAGUUAAGAGAAGCAGAAAACACUUAUGAGAAGUUAAAAACUCUGGAAGUUGCAAAGGAUUCUGAGCCGACUCGUGAAUGUGUAACCGAUUUAGAUGAACCGGCUCAUGGAAGCAAUGAAUUGUUAUCUUCAUUGGAUAACAAUUUAAGCGAACCACAGAAAAAUCUUCCCUCUGAACUGCUCAUUGCCAAUGAGGUUUCAAUUACUCAUAUAAUUCAAGGAAGCGAAGAACAGUGCAUAGAAGCAGUAGGUCCAGAAAUUUCGGAAAAUAUGACCGAUUCUUUAGGGCAAGAGAACUUGCAGAGAUCUAGGGAAGAAGAUUUGAAACAUGCUUUGCAUUACGCAUCGAUUAAUUGUCAUGACACACUCUCACUACGUGAUGCAGAGAAGAAAUAUGCUUUACUACGACAAAUUGAUACAACCAAACAAGAGAUAGAGGAUCCUGAUUUAAUCGGUUCCAGUAUUUCGGAUGAAAUUGAUAAACUUUCAAUACAUGAUGCUGAAGAGCGGGAACUUUUGAAUCUCUCAGUAAUGUCUAAGACAGACACUUUUGAACCAGUUGUGUGUGACAAUUUUGUAGAAGAAGAUGUAAUAUACGACGAACCGUUGAACAAAGUUCCUUGUCCAUGCACUGAAGAACAAGAGCUUAUGAAGCUUUCAGCUAUAUCAAAGGCAGAAACUUUGGAACAUCUUGUGUCUGAGAUUGUUGUAGAAGAAGUAGUAGUGUGCGACAAACCAUUGGACGAUGUUUCUGGUCCAGAUAGUGAGGAACAAGAACUUUUGAAGCUCGCCGCAAUACAAAACGCACAAAUUUUGGACCCAAUUGUUUCUGAACCGUUGAGCAUUGCUCCUUGUCCUGACAGUGAAGAACAGGAGCUUUUGAAACUCUCUGCUAUGUCAAGAACAGGAGCCUUGGAAUCAGUUAUGCCUGAGACUACUACGGAAAAAGUGCUAAUAUACGACACGCCAUUAGAUGAGGUUUCUUGUCCUGAUAGCGAAGAACAAGAGCUUUUAAAGCUCUCAGCUAUGUCAAAGGCAGACACAACAAUGCCAGUUUUGCAUGAGACUAAUAUGGAAGAACCGUCAUCAAACACAUCAUCAAAUGAAGUGUCUGUGCCAGAUAGCGAAGAACAAGAGCUUUUGAAGCUCUCAGCUUUAUCAAAGACGGAGAUUUUGGAGAAAGUUUUACAUGAGGUUACUGUGGAAGAAAUGGUAGUAUGUGAAACAUCGUUGAACGAUGUUUCAUGUGAUAACCGUGAACAACAAGAGCUUUUGAAACUCUCGACUACAAUACGGGCAGAAGCCUUGGAACAAGUUACCUCUGAGACUACUAUAGAAGAAGUAGCAAUACGCGACACAGUACUGGAAAAAGUUCCUUGUUUAGACAGUGAAGAAAAAGAGCUUUUAAAGCUCAAUGCAAUUUCAAAAAGAGAAAUUUUGGAACCAGUUGUGCCUGAGACUACCGUUGAAGAAGUGAUAGUUUUGGAUAAACCAAAGGACCAAGUUCCAUGUAUUGACAGUGAAGAACAGGAGCUUUUGAAGCUUUCGGUGAUAUCGCGAGCAGAAAUUUUUGAGCCAGUUAUGCUUGAGAGUACUGUAGAAGAAAUGCUAGUAUGUGACACACCAUUGAACGAAGUCCCUUGUGCUGACAGUGAAGAACAGGAGCUUUUGAAACUCUCGGCUAUGUCAAGAGCAGAGGCCUUGGAACAAGUUACGCCUGAAAGUGCUGCGGAAGCAGUGAUAUUAUAUGACAAACCAGUACACGAUGCCAUUGGUCCAGAUAGUGAAGAACAGGAACUGUUGAGACUAUCAACUAUGUCAAAGAUAGAUGCGUUGGAGCCAAUUGUGUUUGAAACUGCUGUAGAAGAAAUGGUAGUAUGUGAAACAUCAUUGGAUGAUGUGUCUUGUGCGGACAGUGAAGAACUCUUGAAGCUUUCGGUUAUGUCUAAAGCAGCAGAGUUAGGGUCAGUUGUGUCUACUACUGUGGAAAAAGCGAUAGUGGAUGACUCACCUUUGGAAGAUGUAUCUUGUACAUAUGAGGAAAAGCAAGAACCGUUGAACAAACUAGCACAUGAAAAGAAUACUCUGGAACAGGAAGCUACUUCGGCAGUUACUACCGUUGAAGUUGUCGAGCAAAUAGAAUCAUCAUUGCAGUCUGAGAAUGUACAACAGUUUGUAAUAGAGUUGUCUGUUGCAGAAACUAAAGAAUCUGUUAUGCAUGAAGAUGUAGGUGACGAAUCUAUAAGCAGUGUGGAUCUAUCAAAAUCAAGUGCAUUUGAUUCAAGCAUGGCUUCGGUGAUUAGCAAACCAGAAAUUUCCUUCAUUAGUUUACCCCUGGAGAAGAAUGUGGCAGCUGAAGAUAUAGAGCUGAUGGUUUCCAGCAUUGAGUCUAACGAAGGUGUUAUUGAUACAACCAUUGCGCCAGACCAAAAUGCAGGAGAAAUUGUGGUAGAAGGAAAGUUGCUUGUUCAAGUAAACAUACCUCAAAAGACCACUGAAGAACAACACGCAACUGAACGAAAAGAAAAACGUAAAAAGGAGAAAAAGCAAGCGAAAAAGUCCAAACAGUUGACGCACGAUGCUGGAGCCUCUAAGGAAGGUAUUGUAGCUAAUGUUAGAGACUCGGUUGAUGCAAAACCAAAGACUGAACCAGAGACACCAGUUCCAAAUGUUUGGGAACAAAUGAAAGGCAAGAAAACGUACGCCGAGGUAGUUGCCGGUAAGGAAGCUGAACGUAGAAGACUUUUGGAAUUGCAAACGAUGAAACUUCAGUCUUCUGUCGUGCCAACUGGAGACGAAUUGAAACUUGUAUCACAGGGUGUAGAUUUAACAGACAAGGCAAUGUCUCGUAACGAGAGUUUUGUUGAAGUUGAACUCAGUAACGAAACUGACCUUCAAUCCUUCAUUGAUAGCAACAAGAACUAUGAACGCAUGGUAAAAUCAAGCACAUCCUGGGCAGAUAUGAUUGACGAUGAUAUAGUAGACAACAGCAUUGCUAGCACUGCUUCCGUUAAUCUACCAGAAGAAUUAGUAAGCAAGACUGAGCCAAUGGAGAUGGUUGAAUCAACAAAUCAACCUGUGCAGGAAACACAAGAAAUAGAGCAGGACAAUCAGAAAGUUUCAGCGAAACGCGAAACGAAACAGAAGAAAAAGCAAAAGAAACGGGUUGCAGAGCAAGUUAGGGGCCCAACGGAAGAUGUGUUCCAAUCUUCAGAGUUUCAUGAACCUGAGAUUGACACGUCUACGUCUACUACGGAAACAUCAAUCUGGCAAACUGGUCCUCUUUACGCUGAUGUUGUGGCUCAAAAUUUAAAACAAGAAAGCGAAGCGAACGCAUUUUCAUCUUCAGUUCAAGCUGAUACACAACAUGAGUUAAGCACAUCUUCCCAGGAAGUUGUAACCGGAGUUGUAUAUUCAGUUCCAGAUUUUGAAUUACCCUCAAAAACACCUGAGUUGACUACGGUUGAAGAAGGUAUAGAAAAUACUAAACUGGUUCAAAAAGAAGCCAAAACAGCUAACAAAAAGAAUAAACACUUCAAAUCACAGCAAGUGGAGAAUUUAUCUCCAGAGGUAGAAAAAGUUACCGCUCUAUCAGCAGUUGAUAUACAGCCGGAUGUUUCUUUCACGGUUUCAACAGCUUCGGAGGAUACAUCACAAGAAAAACUGUGUAUAUCAAGUACGGUUUCUGUGAGUGCCAGUGAUACUGCUUAUCUUGAUUUCGAAAAGGAUAAAACAGUCAAACUAACUGAAAAUCAACCCGAUGAAAGCAUGCAGAGUGUUCCGGUUGUCGAGAAUGUUGAUACCGAAUCAGAUUCGAUAAAUGUGUCUUCGAAAGAGGACGCAACGACGCAACGAGAUGACAGUUCAACAGUGAAAAAAUCUAAGAAAAAACAAAAGAAAAGGCCCUUGAAACAUGGAUCUAGCGACGAGUCAGCUGAUCUUGAAACUGCCAAUUUAACUUCUGUAAAACCCAUUGUAACAGUACCACUUUCUGAAUCUCCUAAAGAAAUUGCUCAUCUCCAUGAACAUUUGCAUGAGGAUGUGGAGCGUGUCGAGCUUAAUGUGGAUGAUUCAACGCCAUCUGCUUCAGAUCACGAGAAACAUGUAAAGUUCUCUGUAGAAGUCGAAAUUCUAAAGGAGGUUCCUUUGUCAGAAUCACCUAAGGAAAUUGAACACCUUCUGGAGCAUCAUGCACACAAGUCAUCUCCGAUGGUGGAGAAGGAAAUUCCUCCUACGGUACAUGUGGAUGAUGCUCAUAAGCAUGUAAAGUUUGUGGAGGAAACAUUGGUAUUACCACCAGUGCCACUUUCAGAAUCAGUUAAGGAAUUAGAGCAAUUGAAUAAUACAACAGAAAGCGUUGAAAAGGAAUUUGAAGAACAGGAAGUAACGUUUGAUACUGAGAGAGGAGAGGACAAUAGUGAGAAAAGAGUAAAGUUUGAUCAUCAAGUUGAAAUCCUUCCCACAGUACCAUUCUCAGAAUCAAGCAAGGAAACAGAGAGAGAUAUAUGCAUUUCGCCUGAACUAGAAGGUACUACUGUCCCUGAGCCAAACACGAUGAAAAUAGAAGUAGUUGAGUUGGUUGGUAGUCCAAACCCGGCAGACGAGGAAGAUGAUAAACGAGUAAAGUUUGAUCCUAUGGUAGAAGUGUUGCACAAUGUACCAUUCUCAGAAUCGGUGAAGGAGACGUCAGGCAUUGGAACUGAAAAGCUAGAACAAGGGCAGCCGGAGGUGGAAAGUCCUGAUGAUUCACCACAACCAGAAAGACGCGUUUCCUUCUCUAAAACUGUUGUUAAGAUAGAGCUGGCACAUGAAGACGACGAUGAUGGUUUUGAAGUGAUAGACAUGACGGAAGUUGAAGAAGUAACGAAAAUUGGUUUAGAGUCCUUGGCGAAAGCUCCAGAGAUAGCUGCAUCCGACGAUCAGACACAAGAUAACAGUUCUGAUGCGGUGUCGACUGUACCAAAGGAGAUUGAAAAGAGUGUUUCUAAGAAACAAAAGAAAUCCAAGAAAAAGUCUAAUGCAAAGGAAGUUGGUAUAAAAUCCGCCGUUCAGGAUGAGUCUAAACUGGAGGGCAAUCCAAUUUUAUUAGACGCAGAGGUAGCGUCUCAUACUCCUAUCUCUGGUCUUCUGUAUGCGGAUGUAGUUGCUCAAAAGUCAGAAAUAGACAAACAUAGUGCCCUGAAAGCUCAAAUCACAGAUUAUGACACCGAAACGGUCGUUCGGGAGGAUUACACAGUUGUUCAAGAAAUUUCCAUCACGGAGGUACCAAGUUCUCGUGAAACAGAAGUUGCUGAAAUCGUGCAAGCUGAGUUUUCGUUUAAUCCGCAGCCAAGUGCUUAUGAGUCUGCAGAAAAUAUGGAUGUUUUCGUCGACGAAAAAAUAGUUUUGCCAAAUGCACAUGACCAGUUUGCUAAUGAAGCCUUGGUGAGUCAGGUGUCCGAUAAAGAUGAUACAAUAGAAAAGCAAGAAAGGGAUAAAGAUGCAGAAGCAAGCGAUUUGCAGUAUGUUUUGCCACCUAUCAAGACGAAUGACGAUUCGGUAGUUGAAAUCAAUCAACUGCGUAACGAACCUUUGGAAAAGAUAUCGGUUGAAAGUGAUGCAAUAGAGCAGCCGACAAGCAACGCCGAUGGACAAUUGUCCAUGCAUGGGCUCUACUGCAUUUGGCAGGAUAGAUCUUGGCUUGAUCGAUCGGUUUACCGGCAAGCUGAGGAGCGGUAUGCGAUGGCAAAUAUUCAAAAUGCCAUCUGCGAAGAACAACAGCAUGUAGCGGAACAUGAAGUUCCUAGCAGUGUUUCCAUUGCUAGUGACGCCAACACACCACCAACAGCAACAGUAACAGCUGCCACUGCAGCCACUAACAAUGUACUAACACCAAUGCCUCACAUCCCUUGCGAAGAGUUAUCCUUGCAGCAAACUCUGCCCAAUAUAAGCGAUGUAUCCUUGGUCCCAUCCAUAUCCUUAUCUGUAUCCGACUCCACAAGUAUUCUUCCCAUCCCAGUCAGUCCUGGUUCUCCCUCAUCCUUCGAUCCUUCACUAGGUUCAACGGACAGCGUAGAAUUAAGUAAACAAAAUGUGGCUGAAUGCACAGACAGUAAACAGGCACUAGCGCAAAGUGUUGAAAGUAUUCUGGACUCGCUGAUCAGUGCGGAACUAGAGAUGAACAAUUUGCCGUACGACAACGUGAACGAUCUCAUCAAGGGUCUUCAGGUCCUUUUAACGAACUUAGCUGAGUACAAGCAACAGAAUUACGCCAUCGCGAAAUCCCUGCCGGCAAACGCAGACAGCCAUGUGCGGGCAGCGGUUGAACAAAUCGACGAACGAAUAGACCUAUUACGGCAGCGAGCGGAAAAUGGCCUCGAGAAAAUUCAGCAAACAUUAAAACAACGAGAACAUAGGAAGACGGAAAUUCGAAACUAUCUAGAAUUGUUGGAGGAAAUCGAAGGAUGGCUAUCAAAUACCAGCAUUCAUCUGAUGGAGAUGGCCGAAUGCAGUACAGAGGAGGAAAUGCGACGUCGGAAGGACGAGGAAAGUGUAGUUCUAGCAAAUUUGCGCGAAAAGGAACAAUUUUUGAAGGAUGUGCUAGAAAAGACGGCAUCAUAUCUUGUGUACAAAGAUGUAACGGAUCGUACAACUGUGCUAAGAGAAAACUUGACCGUGUUGAUUCGCAUCCUGCGUGAAAAGGCGUUGAUUCUGGAGAACAAUAUUCAACGGCUUACUGAUCAUUUGCAUCCCGUCGAAGCAGCGAUCCAACCACAAACGGUAGACAUCGAAAGCCAAACAAGUCCACUGACGUCAAUCGAACCAGUGCCGGUGUCGCUUGACAUCGUACAGAGCGAAAUGCAGCUGCCUGUUGGUGUAGUCACUCAAGAAACAUCCGUUCAGACACAAUCCGCACCGGAGCAGCAUACAACAGACAACAUCUUGAUCAUUCAGUCGGUGGUUAAUGGACGUGAAACAGUACAGAUCUCCAACGUACCACGUUCGCUCGGAUUAGCUGAUCAGCAGCUAGACGAGUCAGUUGUAGUUGAGGCAAGGUAUACGCAGCCGGCAGAAGGAAAUGACGAUAGAUCGUCGGAGCUGUUGGUGAAGAAUAUACCGACUCAGUUUGAGACUACUUUUACCGAACCAGACGAUACAACCACGGAGAUCGUAGUGAAUCGAGACGGAUCGAAGAGAAUAACCUUGAGGAAGGUAGUCCAGCCAGCUCAAUCCAUCGAAUCAACUACAGCUGGAAAGGCUUCGAUUGUUACGUCGGUAGACUUGGCAACGCAGCAUUCGGAAUCGCUUGCAAUUACUGGUGACGAGAGUGUUGUAGUGGACGUGGAAGGAGUUGACGUUGUGCUGGAGGAAAGUAGUAAACAAGUACAGGAUGAAGCGCUCGAAACCGGUCCACCAUUAUUGCCCAGCGUUUCACCGAUACAGGAAGCAGCACAGACAGUUGUUGCUGAGGUACUGGAUGAGGUGGAGCAGAAGAUGCAAACAACUGAGCAGGCUGUCGAACAGCAGCCGCAAGAACCGCCACAGGUAUUCGAUUCACAUGCUCAAAUCGCACCAGUAGAGUUGAUUGCUUCUAUCGUUGAGUCACAAACUAGUACUAGUAUACUAUUAGGCGCUGAUGCUGAAGUUGUUGCUGCUCCUACCGAUGCUGUUGCAAUCGAUUCCUUAAGCCUUAACGAACCACUUACAGCCGGCGGGGAAUUAAACGUAUCGGUGCAAAAACCGGUAGAGUCAAUUGAAGACAUCUGGCCACCGUCGGAACAUGUGUGUACUGUUUCAGUGCCCGAAAGAUCGAUACCUCUUUCACCGGUACAUGCGGACGCGAGAGAAAUAGCUUCGGAACCUGUAAAGAAACAAGAAAGCGAGGAGGCACAGCAAAUAUGGCCGACAAGUCCAGAACGUGGUUCGGACUACAUCCAAAUAGAACCGAAUGUUUUGAAAUCGCACGUUGCAGACACAGAAGUAGAAAAUCUAGUCCCUAUAGUAAUGGAAGAUCCUACAUUAGAACAUAUAGCAAUUGACAGAGAGCAAGAGAUAGAAGUACCUAUCGUAGUUGAAGGACAAAUUAGUGUUUUGAGCGUACCUUUAACGAGUGACAUGUCGGAGGAAAUUGUUCAACCACAAGAGAAUAUUUCCGCCCCAUUGCCAGUCCACACUGAAGAUAUAGCCACAACCAAGAAUGCAGAAGAAAGCGUGCAGCAAAUAGUACCGAUUGAAAAUGUUGAUGCUGCUCUGACAAGUGAACCAACGUUGGAAGUGAUUGAGUCGAGCACAUUACGUUCUGAACCGAUUGUAGAAACAACCAUCACACGAACCACCGAUACAAUUGAAGAUUCGGAUAGCUGCACUACAAUCGUGGAAACAGUUUUGAUAACUAAAACUACUACAACGGAAGAAAUAAUUGAGAUUCCGGUGGAAGUAGAACGCGUUGAAUCUGCUGCGGAUGAUGAACAGGAAGAAAAGGUAAUGAUCGAAAAGGUGACGCAUGUGACAACGAUUGUAGAACGAGUUGUUGUAGAAGAUGACACAGAAGAAACUAAAGAAGGUCCUACGAUUGAGGAAGUAGUUGGUGAGCCGUCUACUGACAGAAUGUUGGUGAAACAAGAACCACUGCUGACUCCCGCCGACGAUGAAAAGAAUCUACAGGUUCAAGUUGCAUCGAUUGGUGAAUCGCAGACCUCUUCUCUGAAGGUGUCAAUGACAGUUGAUCCUAGUGAAACAAAGAAAAUAAGUGUGAGUUUGAUCGAAGUGAAAUCAACAGAAGUGGCUGCUAUUGAUGAUAGCAAACAAACGGCUGUACCAGAAUCGGUUGAGUUUGAAGAGAUUUCUGGAUUAAAGUCGGUUGAGGUUGAUCCUGGAUAUGAAGCUGACAAAACUGCUACCGCUGAGGGCGAACCGGAAGACGAUGAUAAGGGUAAGAAGAAGCGUAAAAAGAAAAAGAAGGGAAAGCUCGAAAAUGAGAAGGCCAGCAAUACGGACCAACAGCCGGCACCUGAACCAAGUGCAGCUAAGUCGUUGCAAACUGAUGGUCGUUUGUCUGAGGCGCAAGAAUCGGAACAACGGUUUGACUCGUACCAAAGCUUUACAGAGGAAGAUCAACCUCAGACCAGUACGGUAAACGUUAUGGAAGAAGCUGUGGAGCCAGAGAUGGUGGAAGUUCCGAUAUACAUUCAGGAAAAAAUCGUCGUACCCACUGAGAUAAUUGAGGCGAUCUAUACAGAAGACGUACAACAGCAAACAACACCAUGUGAGCUUGUGUCCGGACAAGAGCUUAGCGAUCCAACUGAUGUGGAAAUAGAAAAGAUCACUUCUGAACGAUUAAUGGUACCGAUCGAUUGGGAGCAAAGAUCCAUGCAGACAUCUCCAGAACCAGAGAUUCAACGUACAUCGCAACAAACCUCUCCAUUGAUAGUCGAACAAGAAGGCGCGGUACCCGAGCAAGAGACAAAAGAAAUACAAACAACAGUUGUCGAAGCAAUCGAGAUAGAAACACAAACCUUACAACCAUUGGCGCUGGUUCAACAGGAAGCACAAACCGACGCACCGGAAGAGUCGACAAUUGCUCUACAUGAGGUCGACACUGUCGAUACAGCAAACCAAACAGUGCCGAUCGAAACGAAGGAAACUCAACAGCAAGCCGAAAAUACUGAGGAGAUUGUGGGUCCUAUACUGGGACAGAUAGUGAAGGAAGUGAUUGAUCCAGCGACAUUGUACAAACGCCAAUCUGCACAAACUAGUCCUGUGCAUUUUGCUGAGCAUACAGAUGCACCGGAACCGAGCGUAGACGUUGAGAAGUCAAAUGAUAGUGCGCAAACAACCUUCCCCGAUCUGCAGGACGCUAAUGUUGCAACGGACACUGUGGUUGUUGAAGAUCGUGGAAUUUCUCCGCAUGCAGAAUUAUCUGAAUUGGCUGAAGAGAAUCCAUGCAUUUCAGAGCCUAUUUUAACUACCGAAUCUGCUAUGCAAACAAGUCCUAUGCACGAUGUAGUGCAGACAGCGUCAGAGGUGUCACCAAAAUAUGAAAUACAGGAUGAAAUUAUCAUCCAAACUGUCGCCCAAAACGUGCCAACGGUAGAGAGCGUAGAUAUGCAAACUGUACAAGUCCCAACGACGGAAUCGGACGCUCAAACUACGCCAGUAGCAGUAACGGAGAUUACCGAAACUGUUACAAUUAGUACGCAAACAAAACCAGAGCAAUCACUUGCAGGAGCCGAUGUGGAAGAAAAGCAUACUUCGAACGAUAAGGAAAGCACCAAACGUGCUAAGACGAAAAAAUCGAAGAAGUCAAAGGAAAAAUCAAUCCCGAUAGAAGUGGAAGUAAGUACGCAGAUGAUGGUACCUAGCAUGACUGCCGGUGGUGUACCAAUGCCAGGUUCUAGUGGGAACGAAUCAGUAACCGUAACAAAGACGAUUAUUACUGAUGGGAAAGCACCAGACGGUGAGGGAGAUGUUAGUUUCAACAUACAGGUUGACAUUGAUCCGUCGUUCGGUACGGUUGAGGAACGAUCAACAUCAUCCACCUUCCAGGAGAAGCCGUUGACAACGGUCAGUUGUCCUAUUAACGAAUCGCUUGACUGUUUGCAAAGUCAAAAUUUACAGUUGAGCUUGUCGGAUUGCUUCUCCAUCAUGAAGUCACAGCAAAACUAUGCCGAAAAUCGUGUGAUACCGUGGAACGAUAUUAAUCAAAUGUUUGUCCACAUGAAACUCCCGUCACUCUCGCCGGCUACAGACGACGAUAUGCAACGUGCAAAUAAUUAUCAAAUUUUGGAUACAUCAACUCUACUUGAAGAAGAAAAUGAAACUGCCUCUGCAGAUGACGAUUUAGACCACGUGCUACAAUUAUUACUAAAGAACGACAACGACCCAACCGCACAACAACUUGUGCUAUUUGAUGUGGUAGAAAAUGUAGUCAAAUCUUUGGAAGACCUCGACGCAGGAAUGAGCGUAGCGCAAGCAAACGCAACAGAUGAAGCGUCUUCACUGGAUCGUGCGAAGCUGCUUAGAGUGUAUAAAAUUCGGUUGAUACGCAUCGAAGAACAUAUAGUAAAAAUCAUAACAUAUGUGCAACGCACCAAAACCGGCCUCAAUAAAGAGGUAGAUGAGUGUCUUAAUAAUUUGCUACGUCAGGUAAAAGCUCUGGAACAAACGGUCGAAAAUGGGGAACGGAACAUCGAUCAAAAUGCCACUAAAUGGCGGAUAAUUGGUAACGACAUACGGAACAUGGGCGAAGGUGUAGAAAUGCUGGAAAGUUCCUUUAAUAACCUCGUAACGAAUGAUACCAUGGCCAUUAGCAGUAAACUUGGGGUUCUGCAAACAUUACAAACGCACUGUCAUAAUCUGUGGUCGUCCAUUAACAGGUUCGACGAUCCUCAGAUUAAAUUGGAUAAUAAUAUGGCUAGUGAGUUGGAUAAAAAGACUCACCAGUUACGCCGAUUAGAGAAUGAACUUGUGUUGGAAAGAAACAAGCUAAUACAGCUGUGUAGCCUAGCUGAUGAGUAUGAGCAAACAUUACUCGAGUUCCAGGAGAUAACAGCUACGGCAGAAGUGUUCAUUGAAAAUGAGAUCGUUACCAAUUCGCUCGAAGAGCUGCAGGAAGAAAUGCAACGAUAUCGCAAGUUUUUCGUCAAUUUGAACCACUGCAAGGCAAUACUGGAAUCGUUAGAAACCAACCUCGAUCCAUUAACUCGCCAAAAGUACGCCGACCUACAUUCUUCCCUUUAUAACCGUACGAAGGUAAUACUAGAACGUGCGGUUGAUCGGGCUGGAAAGUUGGCAUUAGCGGCAUCUCGCUGGACCGUUCUGGAAAAGGAAAUGGUCGCCGAGAAGCAAUGGCUUCAGGUGGCUCAGCAACGUGUGCCAGACUUGAGUAACGUUUCGUCGCAGGACUUUGAGCGGUAUAUCACGAUGUACGAAUCGUUGGAACAAGAUAUUGCUAAUCACCUAACAAAGAUGCGAUCGCACCACGAGAUGGCACGGCACAUGCACGAACUGAUCUCAGCGCCGAUUGUCGAGAGAGAAAGUAACGAAGCGCUGCUUGUGGCAAUGCAACUACAGGAAGAGGUAUCGCUGUAUCUGAAUCUUGUGACCAAAUUUAAAGCACAAUGGAAUCGAUACAAUACUCAUGCAGAUCGAUUGGUCGACUGGCUGGAUGUGUGCCAGGGCAAGUUAGCGAACAUCACGAUCGAAAAGAACCUUUCCGAAACGCCAGUCGAUGAUAUGCGAACUUUCUGGGAAAUUAAAGCACAGUACGAGGUGCUGAAUAACAAAGUGUACAAACCUGCUAGCGACACAUUCGGUCAGGCACUACGUACAAUUUCUGUAACGGAUGAGCAACUUCAGCGACAACUGCACGGCCAGCUUCUAGACGACUGGAACGCCGUGUCAAACCGUAUCGAUGAUAUACAGCGCCACAUUGCGGAAUCGAUGAAAACCAAAGGAACACCACCGGGCGAUAAACUUGCAUUCAUCGAACAGGAAUUGCAGGAGAUAGCCCGAGAGUUCGAUAGCAGCAAAGCGGUACUAAAAAGCCAGGAAGAUCUGUACGCUUACAUCGAACGCGUACAAACGCUCAAGACCCGCAUCCAACUGAUCGACACAGAGCUUGUAGGCCAGUUUGCAUUGGAUCUCGACUGUAACACUGAGAAAGCGAGUGCCGUUUUCAAAACAUCGCGCCAUUUAUCGCAACAGAUAUCAGAAGAACUGGAUGCGGCCGAGCUAUUCUAUCUUCGGCUGGAAGAUAUUGAGCUUGGUAUAAAAUCACAAGAAGAACGGCUCACGGCGAUUGCUCGUGUGUUGGACGAAUGUAGCGGCAGUGUAAAUGGUAAACGAUCUGCUAUCGAGAAAGCGUUGGCCGACUGUAAAAGUAGCCAGGAUGCACUCGGACCAUGUUGGAGUGAGUUGAUGCGCCUUCGACAGAUGCUUCACACUCUACCGAUGAAUCUUAAGGUUUCGGUAUCGCCCUUACAAACGGAAAGGGAUUUGUCCACGCUACAGAACGUACACAGCGAUCUUGAGCACCGUUCGGAGGAUGUGAUUACGUUGCUACGCAAUCGUUUGGCAUUGUGGAACAAGUUCCACAAACAGUUGGACAUGAUUCAGGAGCACGUACAGGAAACGGAGUUUAUGAUGGAACUGUUGCAGCUACAGGAAAGUGCUGACUAUAAUCGAUUGCUAAAAGCAACGGAACGUCUAGAUACUCUUCUCGCUGAUAUUGAAAGCAGGAAAGGCAUGAUUGAAGAUCUACACACAUUCGCACAACCACUGGUAGAAUCGUCCGAUGAAAGUGUUUCAGCAGAGAUCCAAGAAACAGUACAACAGAUAACCGUCGUAUGGGAAAGUACGCGCGAAAAUUUGCGCGAAUUGUGUGAACGUUACGAGAAGGCUGUUAAGCUUUGGCAACACUAUCACGAUGUGUGCGAAACCGUGAAGGACUGGGUGAACCACGAAUAUACUGACUACGAUGAGUUGCAUCGUUUAGAAGAUCUGCCUCAAGUAGAAGUGUACCAGCAGGCACUGCUCGACCAGCGUCAGGAGGUGGAUAAGCUCCGUAAACUGAUUGGUGAUAUAAACGAGCAAGUUGGCUUCAAUGUCGGCGAUACGCUGUUGGCGGAAAUCGACGAAUGUAGCAAAAAGCUGGAAGACAUUGAGAGGAAUGUUGUGGAGCAACGAAAUAGAGUGCGUGACCGCGAGGAGGCACGUUUGGAUAAAGCCAAUGUUGUGCAAACAUCUCGGGGUUUGUUGGAUCGUAUUCAAGAAAGCCUUCAGCAGGCAGGACAUUCUCAGCGCACAGCCGAUGAAAAUCUGUGUAACAAAAUUGUUGAUCUUCGUUCGUACAUGCUAAGUUUGUGUGUAACAAUAGCACGCCUAAAAGACAUUCAACGUGAUAGAGAACAAGCCGAUGAUAAUGGAAAUUUGCAAAAUUUCCAUUCAGUAUCCCAAAACCUGCUUCAGGAUACAUUCCAGCAAUAUCAAGAGCUUGUCCAGCAGCUGGUAACUCGGUCGGAAGAUGAUGAACGUUUACUAGACUUUUGGCAAGAGUAUCUGGAAUUUGUAAUGGCAUUCUUGUCUGAGCCCAUCCCGAGUGAUUACGGGCAACUGAAGGCAUACCGAGAGCAGUGCUUACUGAUUAAGAUGCUUUUGAUUAGUUUGCGUAAAGUGUUACUACAAAAAAGCAAGAUCGACGUGCGGUUGGUGGAACGAUUCAACAUGUUAAGCCAACAGCAUUCCGAUCGGAUUGAUCGGUACUUGGAACGAAUUACGGAAAUCGAUAAUCGGCUUUGGCAUUGGGAAAAGUUCCGAACACUCGGAGACAAUCUGUAUGCGGCGUUGGGUACUAUUGAGCGCGAAAAAUUUACACUUCAACUGGAGUAUAUCAAUUUGCCUGAGCUACCGAAGUUGAUUGCAAAAGUGAAUGGAUUGCUGGGACAGUUUCCACGGUUAGAGGGAGAUUUGAGCGCAAUGAAUCAAGAGUUAGCUCAGUUGACACUGUAUACCAAGGACGAGUGUACGCUAGUUGGCAUGCGAAGCGAACAGGGCAAGAUAGCCGAAAAAGUCGUCAAGCUGCAAGACAAUGUGGAAACUUGGAAGAACUUCUUGUUCAGUAUUGACGAGAUGCAUGGACGAUUUACGAAGCAGUCGCACGAAGUUGAAGCUCAUCUGCGUGAACUGGAAGAACAUCUGAACCAACUAGAUGCUGAUCAGCGCAGAACAACCGACCAGGGCAUGGAACAUCGAUUUAGUGGUGUACAGGCAAGACUUAAUCUGAUUAAAAACCAUCACGUACGAUUAGACAUGGUACGCGCGAAUUUGGAAGAGUUGGGCCAACUUCAUGAAGAACUAAAAGCAUGCAUAAGCAUGUUUGAUGUACAGCGGCUCCACAAACGAGUUUGGACGUUGUGGCAAAUCUUCGGCAAACUAGAGCAACGUGUCGUACUGUUGAUGAAGCUCGCCGAAGCUCGUUCACGCAAGAAGAAAUUGUUCCAGGAACAUUAUCAAUUGCUGAUGGAUUGGAUGCGAGUGUACGAAAGGAAAGUGCGUGAUCCCGCCAAGUACGAAUCGUGUACUGAUGAUCAAGCGUUUAUUCAGAGCAUGGAAGACACAAUGCGACAAGAGUUGGCCCUUAAGCAGUGGGAGAAAGAUUGGUUAAUGGCGGUAGGUAGCGACCUUCUGCAGCAUUGCUCAUCAUCGGAAGAAUAUGAAGAAAUUACGAAAUAUCUUGAUUCACUUGAGAAGGAUUGGAAUUAUCUGUGCAGCAUGUGUGAGAGUCGCACUGAAACAUCCUCGACAGUCCAGAUGAGAAUGCGUUCGCUUGAAACACGCAUUGCCGAGAUCAAGUCAUGGAUGAUGAGUAUUGAGCGUGAGCUGACAAUGCCCUUUGUCGUGGACCGUUUGGAGCAAACGACUCUAGAUCGAUUGCUGGAGGAUUACGAAAAACUACAGCGAUCUAUUGAAAAUAAUAGUAGUAACGUGGCAGAGGUGCUUAAUCUGUGCGAAAUAGUUGCGAUUGACGUUCAGUCAUAUAGUGUCAACAUCAACAUUCGAAGUAUUCAGAGCGAUGCAAACGAUCUGGAUAUACGAUGGAAAAGAAUGUGCCGCGUGUCGGGUAGUCGCAAACGAGAACUGAUGGAUUUGUGGAAUACGUUGUUGAGUUUGCAGAAUGGUCUACAGUUUCAGCAAUGGGUUUACGAACAGCAUGAGUACAAUUGUCGUUUGGAACAAUCGAUGACUACCUUUGACGGCGAGCAGAUGGCUGAAGAGCUAGAAAGCAUUGCUAUACGGAUGGCAGAACUUGAAACGAGAGAGGAGUGUCGGGUAUGUUUACGCAAUCAGUACAUAUCACUGGUACAAAACGAUCUCGUUUCGGGCGAAGGAAUACGCUUCAUCACGACACCAGUUCACCAAAUGUUGCUUGUCUGGGACCGAUUGCAACCGGAUCUGUGCGAACUACGUAACGAUUUAGAACGGUGCAGAUCAGAUGUGGGCAAGUUUGUGGUAAAGUACGAACAAAUCAUUCUCGCACUGACGCAGAUCGAUGUGCAAGUGACACAGAUCGAACAUCUGCCAUCGGAACCGCCAGCCGAAGGUCCUGUUCCUGCAGAGACUCACAUUCAACGUCUCCGAGAUUUACACAGUGAACUUUUGCUCGUUGUGGAUCUGUUCGAAAGGGAGGAUUCACUGGGAGCGAAGCUAAUUGAGCAACAUUCUGCAAACCAAACCCUGACGGCGGACAUUAGACAGAAAAUGGCCGAGUAUCAUCAGUUGGGCAAUGGUUUGAAGGAACGUCUCGAUGCGCUACUAGCCCGUGCUACUGAAGCAUUCGAAAAGGACGUAGCCGUCCAGGUGAACACAUUGCGGCUGGAACGUAGUGAAUCAAUUACCGCAAAGGACGCAUAUCGCUAUCAACUAGAGACGGCACUUGCGGAAGCUGUCACCAAUUUGGGCAAGUUAGAGGAAGCUAUCGGAGCCAUCAAUGCAAACAACUUUGUCGGAACGACGCAGAACGUAUCGAAAGCAUCAGCCGCCUGUGAGUCUUCAAUCGAGUUGAUUAAACAUCUGAACACGCUGCUAGUCUCGGAAUGUCAUGCCACGACGGAGGAAGCAUUCAGUUCACGUGUGAAGGAAGAAACGGAACGGUACCAGCGUUUCUUGGCAGAAUGGAAACAGAAGCAAGAACAGCUGGAGGAGUCGAGGAUCAUACCUAAUGCUUACAAUUUUAACUGCGUUCACAAUGCGGAUUACCUGACAUGUCCUUUGUGUACCAACCGGAACUGGCAGCAGAUUGAUAACGAUCUGUGGCGUUUGGAGCAAUGGUUGUCAAUGGCGGAAUCAACGCAACGAAAUCAACUGUCAAGUCCCCCAUCGGAUAUCGAUGCACUGGAAGAUACGAUACAAGAUCAUCGAGAGUUCCUGCUAGAUCUCGACAGUCACAAGAGCAUUAUCAAGUCAUUGAACAUUGUAGGCGAACAUCUUGCGACACACACACGGGAUACAUCUCGUGCAACAAAAUUGCGUGAACGGCUGCAGAAAAACAACCGACGUUGGGAUACCGUUUGUACCGGUGCCUCCCGGUGGCAGUCGGCAUUGAACAGUGCACUGAUGGAGAACCGUGAGUUCCACCGUACGAUUGCUGAGCUGAGCGGAUGGUUGGAACAAACGGAAAACAAGAUCAAAUCGUCGGAACCGAUCGAUUUGACUAGCGAUCAACGAUUGGUGGAAAAGAAAUACCGUAUGUUCCGGGAGCUUCGCGCAGACUUGAUGCGCUGUGAGCCACGUGUGGUUAGUUUGCAGGAAACUACCUCGCAGCUAACGAAAUAUGUGGACGCCAACAAGUCGGAGAAAUUUGAUGAAGUGUAUGCGAAACUAACUGAUCUUCGAUUGCGCUUCCACUCGAUACGUCGCCUGGUGGAGAUGUACAUCAUCAAGAUAGGUGCGGCUUUGGGAUAUGAUAGUAGCACCAGCCUGGCAGACGUUCCAUCCACCUCCUCGACGUCGUCACUUUCGACCGUUGAUCGACAACAGGCAAGACGCCGACAAGCAUCAGAUCAGCAGGAGAGCCACCAACGAGAUGGUAGCGGAUCCCGAAUCCAUCCAUCACAAGCGACGGCACACGAUUCCAGUACAAAUACUGGUACGGGUAUUACAGAGGCCGACGACGAUGUCAUCAACACCACGAUACUCACCCGAAGCUAUCGUUUCUUGGGUCGUGUCAUACGUGCCUCGUUGCCGAUCCAGGCGAUGCUGUUAUUGCUGCUCGGUGUGGUCACGCUCAUGCCCCACGGUGAGGAGUAUUCAUGUACGCUGGCCAACAACUUUGCCCGCAGCCUGGAACCGAUGCUACGCUACCCGAACGGACCACCACCAAUCUAGCGACGGUCCAUCCAACACAAAACCGAUCUACUUUCCUACCCUAACUCCAUCCCUUAUUCCUUCGAUACUCGCAAAAUGAGGCAAUUCUAAUGCAAUGAAACAUCUGCGUUGGAUUACUCUAUCCGUACAGGAGUGUGUAAUAUUAACCGAAAUUGUAAACUACUUAAAUUUGCUUUAUCUCUAUUAGAUUGAAAAGUAUCAAUUGAAGUAAUUCUGUACAGCUUUUAGGCGUCGUACCAUACUGCAAACGUAUAUUCAUUGCACAUAGAAAAUAGCUAGAUAUACUCAAAUUACGAUCGAAAACAACGACAACCACGAUGGUGAGCACUUGUGUACCACCAAAAACAGAACAUUCUUAAUUCCCUUAAAUUAUAGUACGCUCGAUAACCGAUGUAUAAGCGAGCGGAAGCUAAUAAUCUACUAACCCUAGGUAUAUAACAGCAUUUUGUUUUCAGCAUGAAUUUUUAUUAUGAUUCAUUUUUGUUUAGCUUGUAGUUAAGCCAUUAAGAAAUAUAAUAAAAACAUUCUAAAUCAUAAAA